AUGAGUACUUGUCGAGUAUUGAUCAUCCUGUGUAGUGGUAAAUUACAUUGCAAUGCAUAACGCCUAAAAUUUGUCAACUGAUAUUAGAAUCGGGUAUGAAGCAUAUUAAAAGAAAAUAUUAAAUUUAUGCAGUGGCCAUGUAAUCCUUGCCGCAGUUGAAUUACCUGCGGUGAACGCCGGUACGUUCCGAUACGAUUAUUAUUUUUUUCCCUUAAAAUAUUAUCUACAAACCCGCAUUUUUUUAAACUCUCAUGAAUUAUUAAUAACUUUAACAACCGUAUUUUUGCAAUAUUAUUAAAAGGGAAACAAUAACACAAAGUGAUUUUAUUAUCUUCACGGUGAUGACCGAGACAAUAAAUCAAUCGGCAUAUAUGUACAAAAAUACUUAUAAGAUCAGUUACAUAACCUAUAGUGGCCUGAAGAUUUUAUACCCAGGAAGCAAACUGAACUAGUAAAUCAUUACCUACCUGCUCUCCCGACAUUGGUUUUGAACCUAUUUUGUUACCACCAUAAUUUCAUGUACUGUUCAUAGGAAUGUCUCGAGACUUUAGGAUAUUAGAACUACAGGUCCUUAACAAGGGAGAAAUAAAAAAAAUAAAAAAUACAUACAUUUAGAAUGAAGAUUAAAGUCCACGCGCCAACAACAACUAUAGCGUAAAAAACAUAAAUAAUUUAGGAUGGCUGUAGUUGUUAAGUGUAACUUAGUGAUCUUAUUCCCAUGCGAUUCAUGGUCCGAACCAAAUUUAUCUUAUUAUGAAUUUAACAGCUGGAUAAUAACAUAAUAUGGUCUAAACUUUUGUCACUUAUUGUAGAUCUAAAUUUGUGUUUUUUCAUAUUUUUAAAAAUGUACAUUCGGCAAAUGCCGAUUCAAUAGCUGAUUAAGCACAUAAUGCUUUUGUUGCUCAAAAUGUAUUAAGAAAAGUAACACGUAAAGCUGUAGAUUAAAUACUUAAUUUUUUAAAUAUUUCACUUAUCCACUGUAGAAAUAAUCUAAGUCCCUAUCAUCAUAAUUUUGUUCGUAUUAAAUUAUUACAAAUCCACCCAUCCACUCUUUCCGGACUAAGAACGAUCACUCCAUUUAAUGCACAGUUAGACCUUUCUUGUAAAUAACACACGCGCUAGAGGUUUUUUUUUCUCUUGGCUUACUUUUUGUUAAAAAUAGUGCCUAGAAAAGUCAGGAAAAAAACGCAAUCACCACUAUGAAAUUUGAACGCAAGAAAAAACGCACAAACGAUAUUAAUUUUUUUUUUUUAUAUAUAUACUCGUAUUUUACUUAACAAAACUCUCCUUUUAAUGAUUUUCCCGAUAUUCAAGCGCUGCUUGUAAAACACAAAAUAAUAACUGUUAUCACUGUAUUUGAAAUAUUUUUGUUUAUAGAUAAUACAAGACGCAUUAGCGCGAUCAUAGGAGACAACGCUGAACUUCCGUGCGACAUUCAAAAUGGCAAUUUAACGGAAUGGCCGAUUUUAAUAAUCUGGUAUAAAGGACAAGAUCAUGCGAUUUUUAGGUGAGUACCAGCUAAAAUAAUACACUAUUUAUUUUCGAUUAUGAAACAUGAAUGGAUAAUGGAUAUAUUAAAACUAUAAUAUAUUAUUAACUACGGAAAAUAAUACGAAUUUGACAAUAUGGGCGUUGACGAUCGAUUUUUUUUUUGAAAGUUACAAUUUUUAUAUUACCCAUCGGAUAACCAGUCAAUGACCUAUAAUUGCAUGUAUUUCCGAGACAAUAUUAUUAUUAUUCUAGCCUUAUUAAAAAUAAUAACGUACGACUUCGGCAAAAAUGAUUGAAUAAGUACCUUAUGUAAUAUGAUAUAAAUUCAAUUAUAAACGUAUAUAAAUAUCGUGUAGUCAUAAUACAGUACGAGAUAAUAAUUAUUAAGCUGAUUUAACUUUGCUAUGUUCUUGAUUUUCAUGAUAUAAUGGAUAUAAUGCAAUAUAACACAUAAUGUGAAGUUUAUAAUAUGCAUAGAACGGUUAUAAUUAAUAUAGUAUAAUAUUAUAUAAGUAGAUACGAAUGCACCAGACACACGGGUAAAAGACGACAGAGGUAGUGCGUGGCUAGUGGGUGUGUGUAUAUUAUUUUCCUUUGCAUAAUACCGUAGUAUCAACACCAUUGAUGUCUUAAUCGCAAGAUUAAUUUCAUGUGGAACGGUUACUAUUAUAUAUUUUAUUUUUAAACGAAAUGGUAGAAAUCGUAAUAAAUAGUUACACAAAGGGCACAGAUGUAAGUGUUGGUAUGAUACUAGAUAUGUUAAUUUGCGAUUUAUUUUAAUUUAAUUUAACACAUUAAAUUGUGAUUCGUGUAGAAAGACGGACAAAUUCGACGCUUCCGGGUGAAAUGCAUUCGUGUUUAUUAAUGAUUUUGAACAGGAAAAAAAUUAUGUAUUUGUAUAAAGAGUUGAUGUUGAUCAGCCAUUAUCACAUCUAAAUAAUUAUUCGGUUACCCACAUAAUAUUUAUAAUAUGUAUAUUUGUAUUUUUUUGGAUCCAAUCAUGCUUGAUAUUGAUUUAUGUCACUUAAUAUGACGUCACACUGUUCGCCUCUAUUAUAAACAUUUGCAAUAGCUACAUUAAUGAAACUUUCUUAUACCGGAAAACAAAAUCAAUGUAUUUAAUCUGGGUAAUUUUUAUUUGAUGUUGAUCAUUUGAAAAGAACAUCUGACAUCGAGUUAUAUUUGUGCGUCAAAUCGUCUAAUUUCUAAAUAUCUGCGUUUUCAUAUUGAAAAUUAAUUUUUUAGUAUAUUAGGUGUAUUCUACAGACUGUAGAAAACACGUAAUAUAUAUGUUUUUACAUCAAUAGCAAAAUAUUUUUACUCCCGAUGAAAUUAUGAAAAUUCAGAACAUUUCUCUUAGCCUACACUAUUCUAUUGGAUUUUUAGCAUAAUGUUGGAUAUAUUAACUAAAUUUGAAAGGAAUUUGGGUAACAGUGAAGAGUUGUAAACAAAUUAAUUCGUACAAAUAGUUUAAUAAAAUAAAAACUAAAUUAAUUUUGUUAUAAAUAAUAUAAAACAAAAAAGCAUGUUACAUAAUAUAUUUUUUUUAAAUACACCAUACCAAAAAGAAUCAAAAAAUUUAUAAAAAUAUAUUUAAAAAAAAAGAAGAGCUGACGCUACUGAUGGGUGCAUCACUGUUGUAUGUGAGAAGUAGGGAAGGUCGGAUACAUAGGUAGUUAUUUAAUUUACAACUGUAAGCAAUGAUAAACCAUUUCCAACGAAAUACAAUGCCGAACGAAGUUUGUUGAUAAAUGAUUUGAAAGGCUGUACUAUUUACGAUUUUCAUCAAAAUUUGAUCUUAAAAACAUUGUAAAAAGAAAUUAAUACUAUUUAGGUAACAUAACAUUUUUUUUUUUUUUACCAUUAUACACAACUUACAACUUAUAAAAUUGUCAAACAUUUCUAUUUGGUCGAACAAUUAUAUCUAUGUAGUAUCUAACAAAUAUAAACUAAAUAAUAAAUUCGCGAGAGAAAAAAAUAGGAACCCAGGGGCAGUUGAAAAUGUCGGCAAAUGUUUCAAAUAAAAUACAACCAGGUAGAAAUCCCACGUCUUAAAAGGUACUGUGUAAAAAAAUAGAAUCAUUUUACUAACCAAGUAAAAAGAAAAAAAAAAAAGAAUAAGCAAUUUUUGAAAAAUAUAAACUUGUCAAAUUUUAAAAUACAUAAAUCCAGCGUCUUUUUAAUGUAUGAUAUAAAAAAUCUCUACUAACUGAAAAAUCAUCUUAACAAAAUUGUCUUAGGAGAAACCCAUAACAAUUAACAUGUAUAUUGAAUAUAUUAUUACACUAUAAUAAUAAAUAUUUAUGUCUACAGCGUGGAUCAUAGAGAAAACUUUUCGGGUUCAAUUUGGUCAGAGAAUUCGAUGGAAGGACGAGUUCAUUACAGCAAGAAUAAAGGAAUUGCUGUUUUAAUAAUAAAGAACGUGCGUUCGUCCGAUAUCGGUCAGUAUAGGUGUCGGGAGGAUUUCAAAUACUCGCCUACACAGAACAACUUCAUACAAUUGGACAUUAUAAGUAAGUUAAGUUGUACUCAACCUAUACACAAAACGUCAAUUUAAUUUUUUUUAGUUUUGAGAAUUUUCAUUAUUGUGGAGGAACGUGUUCAUAAAGCCAUAAUAAUAUUUUGAAUUACGUAAUAAAUAUAUAACUAUUAUCUAUAUACAAAAGCUCUUUUCCGGUGAAUUCCACGGGAAGUUGAUAUUGGUUAGUUAAAGUGCAGGAGAUAAGAGUAGGCUGGAGUUCUUUUUUUUUUCAAAAAAAAGUAUGGAGUAGGGAUACAAAUUUUAAAUUAUUUUAAAAUAAAACUUGAACGAUUUUCCAUAAUAAUUAAAUAAAAAAAAACAGAAACCAAAUUCACUUAACACACUUCAAGAAAAUUUCUGGUUUAUGAUAAAAAAGAAUACAUUUGUGUAUAGUAACAAAAAGUAAAAACUAAAAAUUCGAGCCGAAUCGAAACAUAUCACUGUAACGGAGAUAACAAAACAGUCGAUACAAUUUUAUAUUUACUUAAUAACUACAAUUUUUAUUUUUUUAUUUUUCCGAUAGCACCACCGAGCCGAUUGGAAAUUCUAUACUUCAAAAAAAAUGCCAUAUGGAAUUCCACGUCGUCAACACCGCCUAUCCUGGAAGACGGACCAUUCGAAAUCGCGUGCAAAGCGUACGACGGUCAGUAUAAUAUCCUUACAAUUAUUUAUAUCAAAACCCAGAUAGAUCGCUAUAUCUACUAUACAUAAUAUUAUAUAAAAUACCUGUCCCAUGUCGUUUUAACAAAAAUGUCACCGAUUCAGGUACAAAACACUACACGUUGACAUGUGUCUGAACACGUGAGUGAUUAGGAGACAAGUUAUUGUUCACCAACACAGUGUUUAAAUAUUCCGGUACCUAUUUAAAUUUAACGUGAAAAAAAAUACGUAACCCUUAGGUGUGAAAUAUUUUGAAAUAUAAACGUUUCCACGUUACACUGAUUAAAAACUAUAUUCAGUCGUUAAAAAUUAAUAAUUAAUAAAAUUGAUUUCACAAACAUUUUUAAUGUACCCAAUACAGAUAUACAAAAAAUAGACACACAGCAAUUAAACCAAUGGACAAAUGAAGAAGUAUAGGACUAAUUAUUAAUGAAGACAAAACUUAACGAAAGCAGCAGUAUCAUUAAAACCCAAUUUUAGUAAGAGACAUGACUUCGACAUGAAAUUAAAGAAAUUAAUCGUAAAAUAACAUCAAGAAAUAGGUGUUAUUUCUCAAUGGUACCACUGUUCAAUUCAAAGUUACUAUCGAAGAGGUCGACAGUCAGACUUCACAAAGUUCUAAUCAGGCCUAUUGUACUGUAUGCAUGUGGGCAUUAAUUGAAGCAGACAAAAAAAGACUGAUCAUUUUUGAAAGGAGAAUACUGAGGCGGAUAUUUGGACCAAGAAAGAACAAUGAAAAUAAUCAAUACAAACGCAGAAAAGAACUAACGCAGAAGUAGAACUGAGGGAAAUUUUCAAUGAACCCGAUAUAAUAGGUGUUUUAAAGAGUAGACGGAUAAGCUGAGCUGGACAUGUAUGUAAGAAAAAAAAUUAAUUAGUUGACAAGGUCACGAAAUGGUAACCGAAUCGACCAAUACCAAGAAGACGUCCAAGAAAGCGGUGGUGUGACUGAAACAAUGAAGACGUUAAGUGUCUAGAAAUUAAGGAUGGACAAAGAUCAGCAUUAAAUAGAGAUGCGUGGAAAGGCGUAGUGGAAGCGGCGAUGGGUCAAAAUGGCCUGGAAUAAGCCAAAAAAGAAAAAAAUAACAUAGGUACUAUUACUAAGUAAUAGGCACACACAAAUACGAAACGAAAUAAAAAAUGUCCUAUCUCCAGUUAAAAAAAAAAAAACAAAACAAUUUUAAAUACCAAUUUGAAUACUAUAGAUAUACGAUACACAUAAUACAUAAAUAAAUAUAUAAAUCUUUUUUUUCUUAAAAUAUAUCUAUUUUAUUAUACGAGUAAGUAUGUAUAUAACAUAUUAUUUGUAUAUGUAUGUAGUAUUUUUGCAACAUGCAUAUUAACAUGGUGUCAAAUUCAAUAAAAAAUUAUUUUCAAACUUACUUUGUAGUAACUUGAGCCUUGCAGUUUAAACAUCUGGAAAUUAAUCGAAAGUUGUUUUUAACCGUAAAAACUACUUGGUGUUUAUGAACGGGAGCCGAUUUUAAACCACCGAUACAUAUUAUAUUAAACGAUUUAAAAAUUCUGACCAUACAUUGCACCGUGAGUAGGCCCAUGUGGUAGGUGGUCUGGAAGGUGAAAUAUAAUGAAAUAAAAUAGUGAUUAUUUUGCAUACGAUAAAUCAUUGCAAACGAAAACGAUUCUAAAUAGAGUGUAUCAUAAUAAUAGUUGUGUUCUUUCAUUUAUUUUCAAUAUAAUCCAGAAAUGAACAAAAAUAAAAAAAAAAAACAAAAAUGUUUAGGUAAAAUUCGUUUGUAUAUUAUUUUCAAGUAUUAAAAAUUAAUUUUAUUAUUCAGAGCGUUUCUCAAAACAAACAAAAAAGGAUAUUGUUUGAAGUAGGUAGGUAAUCUGAACUACAAUAAUUAUAUACAACUUGCGCUAUGACAAAAAUACCUACUUUAUAAUGAUAUUAUGCUAAAAAGUUAUACUGCGAGUUUAUUACCUUCCUGUAUAGGUACAACCUAGUUCUAGUAACGAAAUCAAAUUUAAUUGUACAAUAAAAAUAUUUUCUUAGAUUUAUAAUAACUAUAUAUUAUUAAAUAUACCACGAGUGUGCUUCAAAAGUUUUUUCUCCCAUUAAAGUUUAACGUUCGUAUGAUAUAUAGGAUCUAUAAUGCUAUAAUAUAAUGAAUACCUGUCUAAAAUAAACGUUGAGAAUUCAAAUGUGGACACGACAAUAUUUUUAUCAGUACAUUUUAAUUAAAAUAUAUGAGUUUCGAAAAAUACGCAUUCAUAAGUUUAUUAACACAGAACUGCAAAAAAAAAAAAGGUGGUAAAAAUUUUAUCGAGGAAUUUGAACAAAUUACGUCACUCAAUAUUUUCGCGAUUGAAAAUAAAAAUGCGUUUUUAAUUUACAAAUAUUAUUACGAUUAAAAUUUUAAUAUCAUUAUUUUUAUUUAUUUUUAAUAGUCGUCGAUUGAUUAUAUUGAUUUUGAAAAAUAAUAAUAAACAAAUAUUUCCUACCUACUAGCAACAAUACGUUUUGAAUAUAACUACAUUAUGAGUAUACUGUAUAAACAAUAUUGGUUAAAUAUUGAUCAAACGUUAAUAUAUUUUCAAAUCAUGAUGACGGUUUAGUAGUAAAAAAAUAAUAAAGUCCUAAUGGCGUGUCGAAAAAACGAAUGCUGAAAAUGACACAAAACGCGAAAAUAAUUAACGGAAAACAGUCUUAUAUCCGGUGCAACAAAAAAAAAAUCAAUAAAAAAACCUUAACCGUGUAAAACGUAAAAACAUUCCGAUUACUGGAGAAACGGCCGUCGGCUUCAGUCACUGUACCGCAUGGUAUAGUGGUGUACCAAUUUACGAUUUCGUUAAACAGGACGAUAUUAAAUGUUAAAAUUUUGAAAUAUUGUAUAACAUGUACUUGGGUUAAAAAAAAAAAAAAGAUUUUUUUAAUUUAAAUAUUUUCUUUAGCAAGUUUAAUUGAUAAUUCAAUCCACACAAAAAAUAUCAUCGCAGCCAAAUAAAUAUUAGUAUUAUCAAUUAUUAUUAAUUUAUUUAACUACUAUUCAGAUACUUAUCUAACCUCCUCAUGUUAUGCAGAAUAAUUUUUCUGUCAUGAACCAGCAAUUUUCUCGCAGAACAUAAAGGGAAUUUGAUUUCUGUUUUUUCAUUCAUUGUUGAAUCGGUUAAGCUUUUUUAAAACUAUUUUUUUUAAUUUUUCACUCCUAAUCCAUAAAUAUAUAUAAAAUAUAUUAAAUAAGUGUAAAUUUUGAUGUUCAAUGAAGAUAAUUAUCUAUUCGAGUCUGUAUUCAAAAAAAAUGGUUUUCCAUUUGAAAAAUAGAACUAUAUAAUUAUUAAGGAUGUAUGAAGUACGAAAAAAUAAUUAGAUAUGGUUUUAAAAUAAAGCUUAACCGAUGAUUAAAAAAGCAGAGAUCCAAUUCACUUAAAAACCUCUGAAAAAAUGUCUGGUUCAUGAUAAAAAAUCACUGUGUGUAAUUAGGUGUUUCGGAUUGAUUUCGCUUUAAACUAGGAAAUAUGUUUUUUUGAUACAUAAACUAUGUACUGAAACAUUGAUUUUCCUGACUAAAAAAUAAUGAAAUUUGAAUCUAAAAAAAGAGGUGAUACUAAGGAUGGGAGCGGCCACUGUUAUUGGUGAGAAGUUGGAAAGUUAAGAUACAUAAGAUUAUUUCAUUUAUAACUGUAGGUAACGAUAAACCAUUGCUUGACGAAAGACGAUACCGAGCGCAGUUCGGUAAUACAGAAUUUGAUGUGCAGUAAUUAUUUUUUACUACUUUCAUUUAAAUUUGAUUUCAAAACGCUUAUAAAAAAAAAAGUCAUCCGAUAAUUUUGGAAAUUUUACCACGUCUAAGUAAGUUAAAUAUAAGUAUUAUUACUAAGUUUCAAACCUCUACGUGUAUUAAUAACCUAAUAACAGCAAAAACUCCGAAAAAAAUUAAAAUUCCUAAAAAGCUCAAAAAAGACUAAAAAGUUUUGGCAAUGAUACCGAGAGAAAGUAAAUAAAAAAGAAACAAAAAAGGAAUCCUGUGAUUUUUCGAUUAAAUAAUUUUAUCUGGUAGAAAACGUCGUCCGUAUUUUUAUAAAAUAAUGAAAUCGUGAAAUUGUACGUUUUCCUACGUUUUUUCCCACUUAAGAGCUUUUAUUUACAAAAUUAAGUCAAAAAUCUAAAAAUAACUUGUUAUAUGUACUAUCUAGAAAACUUGAGCUUUCAGAAAAGUUGCUACACGUACAAAUCGAAGCAAGUUUACUAGGAAAAAACGUGUCCUUAUUUUGGAAAAAGAAUAUUAUAUUAAAUAAACAGCAUUGUAAAACCAAUAGCUCCCUCACUACGCUCAGAAUCUAAAAUAGGUAAUCAUUUAAAUAAUGAAUACUUUAAAAAAAAAACAAGGUAUGAACAUAUCCUGAGCUUGCAUUGGUAGAGAAUAUUAAGAUAUAACCCCCCCCCCCCAAAAUAAAUUUAGACCACCGAAUCAGUAAUACAAUGAUAGUUUGAUUUCAAAAUUAACAAAAUGAAUAAUUUCCUCGGUUGUUUUUUUUUUUUUGUAUUCCAUUACGUAAUUAUCUUAAAACGUAUCAUUUAUUAUAUCAUCUAUCAUGAAUAACGUAAACGAUUUUUCGGGAGUCAUCAAAUUUGAUAUUUGUAUUUGGAAAAUGUCUAAUCGCAUUCCUCAAUCGACAUUUGUUAGUGUCGGAUUCGGAUACAUCUCAUCCCUCCUUAAAUACUCCACCGGUAAAGUACACAACUUGGCACGUGUAGCCAAUAUACCGGCAUCGAUACCUACCCAUCUGAAAUUGUCAGAUCGAUGAAAAAAACGUAAACAAAUCAGUAAAAAGAAAAUAAUAACAUUAUUACUAAAAUAUUGUAUAUUAUGGUCAAAAGACUCGAGAGGCUCUCGGUUACGUGACUUUGGUAGAACGUAAAUAUGAGUAUAAUAGGUGUGUAGGUACUAGCAUAUUGUCGUAAGCCUAAACCACAUAACUAUAUCAUAACAAAACGUCAUUAAAUAUUGCUUGACAUAAGACGGAUAAUUAUAAGGAAUAGUUAUACAUAUACGGACGUGAUCUAUUGAUGUUAUUGUUUUUGAUGUGUUCCAUUUAUGUGUAUGAGUAAACAACUGUCAGUACGCCCUUUUAAAUAUCCAUAAAAAUUAGAAAAAUGUAAUGAAAAUAAAACCUAAGGGCCUGACACUACUACGUACUCAAAAAUUCAUAGUGAAACGCAUCUAAUUGUAUGGGCCUUCCGGAGAACUUAUUAUUCAUUAAUACGCAUCAAAAAAAAAAUCUCUUGUUGAUCAGCAUUUCGACCUUCCCAUCGGAAACUUUCAAUUCUGGCCCUUUGAUCAAAUAUUUGUAUUUGUGACCAUUUCAGGAAAAUUACCAUUUGGUGCUGUGAGAGUUUAGUGUAAUAAUUGUAUUGGUUUUUAACUCUAAUUUAAUAUUAUACUAUUUAGAUAAGUAUAAUUGCGUGUGGGACAUUAGAGGUGGGUUAAUUUGUUGUCAACCUUUUUCUUUUUUUUACAUUUAAACUUAUCGAGUUAAAUUUAGUUUGCGUAAACGUUUAACCGAAAGUGGUUUUUUUUUUUUUUUAUUGUUUAUUAAACUUUUAUCAGGUGACCCACCUUUGCUAAUAUUUACAUAUCUACUCAAUUAUUUAGCACACCUACAGUCAGUGGCAGAAUACCUAGCCCGAAGUGGCCGAUGCCAUUUGCUAAUGCGCUUUUCAGGCACCAACUCCCCAGACCUUGAAUAAAAUAUUAUAAAAAGAAAAAUAUUACUUGAAAAAUCGCUAAACAAUUGUUUUCAUCGGCAAAUUAGUAUAUUGUUUGUAUAAUAUAAAACAAUAGUACAUUUCCUAAAAUAUAAAUUUAAUCAAUAAAAUAAAAUAAAAUUGUAUAAGUUUAUUUGUCAAUAACAUUUUCAAAAUUGCUGUUUUUUUUAUAAAUUAUAAUUACCUACAUAUUAUAACAUUAUUCCGGUGGUUUUAUUUAUUUCGUGUUUAAUUUAUUGUUUUAUGUUUUUAUGAAGUUUUAAUUUUAUAUACUUAAGGAGGUACCUACUCGUACUCCGUAAACUUUUUAUACAAUGUACUUAAUUACAAAAUGUAUUAUAAUAAAUUAGUAGGUAGAACGAAGGUACUAUGAAACUAUUUUUUUAUUUGUUCAAUCCAAAGAGUUUAAUAUUUUAUGACAAUAAUUUCAUGAAUAAAUUGUACUUUUAAAUAUUAAAAUACCUACUUAUAAUUUACUACCUAUAUAUUAUGCGUCCAAACAUUUUAGAUUUCCGAGAAGAUAAAGAACCUUCAAAAUUGUCCACGUCCCGGGUCUUUUUUGUCUCAGUCCGACACAUGCCUACUGAUACGUUCUUAUUGUAUUGAAAAAAAAAUCGAAAUAAUAUAAUAAUAUUAUAGACUUUAAAUUCUGAACGAAGCGAGGUAUACAUCAUAUAGUUAUGCUAUGAUUCGUUUUUUUUUUUUUGUGUCUUUAAACAAUUGUUCACCAAAAAUCAUGCUCCGAUCAAAAACUUUAGAGGAACUUUCUUGUAGAAUUAUAAAUUCUGAGAGAAGUGAGAAAUGUUUUGGCUUUACAAUUAUGUUUAUAUUUAUUUUUUUAUAUUAUGUACACAAUUUUUACAAAAAAUGUUGAUCUAAUUUUUAAGUGUAGCGCCUUUUCUGAAAGUAAAUUUUAUUUGAAAGGUCAUUUUCUUAUUUCCUAAAUGAUUUUCAUAAUAAAUGGGAAAAAAACGUACGAAAUGUAUUUUUUUCAAUUUUUUUUUUCUUUUUUUGUUGUUGUGGUUCAGUUAUAAAUAUUCGUAGAGACUUGAAGUUUUGACAAAACACAUAUAUUUGCUUUUUCUAGGCAUGGUAAAAUUUUCAAAACAUUUUAAUUUUGCCAGUUUAUUAUGUACUUUAGAGAGGUAGUUUGAUUUUCCCAAGCAUUUCCAUAAUAAUUGUGAAAAACCUGGAGAAAACGUAGGAAAAUCGAAAAUGUUUACAAAACGUAUUAUUUUCAAAUCUUAAAUAUAUUACGGUAUUUUAAAACAUAUAUAACUGAACUAUGCUCGGAAUCGUUUUUCAUUAGCAAUGAUUAAUCUUUUCACACAGAUGUACAUUAAAUUCCCCUCUAUAUCCUACUUUCCCAAAUUCUCACCUACGUCAGUGUCCCAAUCAUCGUGCAAUGUGUGUCCGUCUUUUUUAUCUUGUUGGUGCAUUGGGGAAGACAAGUUUUGAUUUUUUCUAUAAUAUAGUUUCCUUAAUAAAUCGUAAAAACCGGCAAUUUUUCGUAUAAUUUUUGUUGAUUUCUAGGUUUUUUAGCAACAUAAAGAAACAAAUAUGACCAAGAGUACUCUGCUAAAAAUUAUUUUUCGUUAACAAUGGUUAUUAUCUUUUCAUGCAGAUAUAAAUUACAUAAUUCUAUAUAAUAUUAUAUUCCUUUCCGAAUUUUCUCCUAAAACAACGGCACACCCAUCAGCAGUAUCUGCCUUCCGUAUCUUUUACGCGUCGUAUAUCAUGUGAAUUAAUUCACAUUGAACGUGCGGCGAUAUCUAUUAUAUUUUCGUAAUAACAAAAAUAAUUAAUUACAUAAUUUAAUAUAUUAUAUAAUAAUGAAAGCGGUAUAUUAUAAUAUAUUUCAUUUGCAGUAGCCAAUGGGUCGAUUUUUCCCGUUAAGUGGUUGUUUCUCGUGGCCUUUGACCACUCUCGUAAAUUUUGUGCGCGGAGUGGUAUAGAAAUAAUGCCGAUAAUAAUAUUUUUGAAAGAACAUUAAAAGCAUACGCACACAAAACGUAAUUAUUUUAUUUUUAAUCUCGAUCGGUCUUUUAAAAAGGAUAUGAUUUCAUUAUCCGUUAUUCCAUUUCGUAAAAACCGUUUUGCACAGGACAACUCUUAACUUUGUCCACAUUUACAGUGGCUAGUUAUCGAAUAGCUAAACACAUUACGAACAACUUUAAGUGUGCCGUACCGUAUACUUAUUAUUUCGACAACAAUACUUGAUGGUUUUGAAUGAGUAAAUGAUAAAUAAAUAAAAACAAAAAUUUACUAAACACAUCAAUCUAAUUAUACUUGAUUAUUCGUUAUAUUAACCAUUGUUAGUCGUUACAGUUACAUUUGCAAUAUCUAUAUCAAAAGUUACGAUUUCUUACUUCUUAUAAGACUCAGGGUAGGUCUAAUAGUCCUACAAAACAAAAAUUACUUAAAAAAAAGACAGUGAGCCACUGUUGUAGGUGAGACGUUGGAAAGGUAGGGUAUAAAGGGAAAUUGAUGUAUAAUUGUACCCAAAGAUUAGGAAUUGCUAACGAAAACAAUUAUGAGUUCGGUUGUACAUAUUUUAAAAAGUUGUAAUAUUUACGAUUUUUGUGAAAAUUAUGUAUACAAAUUCUUAAAAAAAAAAAGUUGAGUGAAAUGUAUAAUUUUUUUUUUACCACAAAAUAUGACUAAUAAUAAACCUUAAUGCUGCUAUAAGUGACUAUUAAUUUUUAUUUGUUUUAAAGUCAAUUUUGAGUUGAUAAAUUUGAAUGUUUUCAACAAUUUCGUAAACAUUGUCCACGCGCUAUACUCUUUAAAUAUAAAUGGUAUAUGGUCUUUUCUUAAGGCUGUCACAGUGGUAUUUAUCACCUGUCUUUUUUUUAAAAGGCAAUACAGCGAAAAUAUGUGUUCACGUAAAACAAACGAAUAGACCUUUAAAAUUGGUUUUGAAAAUAAAACACAUAUAAUACAAUUUUUAGUCGACAACAUUUCGAAGACAAUUUCGCCUGCAUUUUAAAAUAAUUCUGUAAACAUCAAAAUUAAUUAUAAAUACUACGGUUUAUUAAAUUUGUAUUUAAUUUUAAAGAUCUCAGACUUUUUAAAUAUCUUACAUAUCAAUGACGUCAGAAAGACGUUAAUUCUACUGUAGUGGUCAUUACAAUAUCGUUAAUUAAGAUAAAUAUUUAAAUGUAAAUUUUAAAUAAAUACAUGAAAUCACCGAAAAUUUUCGAAUCAUUUCAUUUAGUAAAAUAAAUAAUAUAAUGGUAAGUAUUUUUUUUUUUUUUUUUUUAGAGUUUGUAGCUAUUUUCACUCUAGUCAUAUGUCAAUGUCAUUUUAGAUUUAAUGAUGGGAAGUGGGGGAAAAGCCAUUUAAUCGGUCAAUAUAUAGUCGUAUAAAAGAACUAAACUUAUAAUAAAUAAGUUCAUCGAACUAACUUGAUUUCUUUUUUUUUUUUUAGAGUUUGUAGCUAUUUUCACUCUAGUCAUAUGUCAAUGUCACACUCGCCUUUAUAAUACAUAGAGUAGUACAUCGUUCAGUGACAGCCCAAUACAGCUCAAUUUAUCUUAGGUAAUGACUCAAUCUUAUCACGAGUUCGAUUGUUACACGACCCGACGACCGUGAAGUUUAAUGUUAUUUUUAUUUUCUAUUCAAUUUUCACUAAAAGUCGAACGUUUCGCGUUUUAAGCGUUUUGUAUUUAUAUUGUAGACUAUAAUGUUAUUGUUAGUCCGCGUUGGCUACCGAUACCACUAUCGUAUCGACACAUUUCACAGAAACGUGAAACUGAAAUGUUUACUUUUUAUUUGAUCAAAAACCAAAAACCCGUGGUGGAAAUCCAUACACCGUCAUAUCCAUAUCAGCCGGAGAAGAACUAACAUUCUCUCUAGUAAAAUCAUAUUAUCGGAUUUGCUGCGGCGGAAUAGAAUGAGAAAGAAUAAAAUAUGAAGAAUACGAAAAAGUAUUACAAACAGCCGGAUAUAUACCUGUAGAUAUACCUACACAAUUUAUAAAAUACAUUUCGCAAUUUCGAUCCAACUUAUAGUGAUAGCAAUGUUUCUAAAAUGAAAUUUCACUAGAUGGGGGAACUUUAGAGGGGUCAUUUUUCGAUUUUCUCAGGAGUUUUCUCAUUUAAAACCUUAAAAACAUAAAAAAAAAAACGGGAAAAACGUAGGAAACCUGAGAAAAUCGGUACAACAUUAAACAAAUAUUAUUAGGAAAAACUAUAAAGCUUGUUUAAUUAUUUUACAUAAAAUGACAUAUCAUGAACAAAGCAUCGUUAUCAACUGAACUUCGCUCAGAAUCGGUGUUUCGUAAGCAAUAGUUUAUCGUUGCUUAUAGGUAUACCUUAAUUUAUUAUCUAUAACAGUGGCUGUAAUCGUCCCUGUUAUCUUAAGACGUCUUUUUUUUUUUUUAACUUUAUUGGUUUAGUUCUUAAAUUAUUUAUUCAUAAAAAAUAAAAAAAUAAAACAUAUUCUAUGAAAUUCAAAUAUUUUAUCAAAUACCGUUCUCGUUGUUCUCAGUCAUAGAUAAAACGAACGACGAGAGACUGGCGCGUACAUGGCGACUGACUAUAAUUCACUACGUGGCGCCCGUAAUUUUUUUCUACGAAAAGUGUGUGUCUAUUAGUUCCGGUUACGUAACGAAAAAGAGUUCUGAAAAAUCGUAUAGAAGACUCAUAACGCGUGAAGAUGGAAAAUACGGGGAAAACCGUCCGUCACGCGAAAAAAAUGCGUUACUAUAACUCGACUGUUAAAAACUUGAACAUUUUCGAUCGUAGAGGCGAAAAAUCGCGUCAUCGCAAAAAUACUUUUUUUUACGGCGGUUUUAACGGAAAAUAUGAAAUGUAUAAAAACUGGGUGUUACCACUGGGUAAUUUCCCAUAUUCAAAAUAUGCAUUGUCAUUUCUUAUAUUCUUACAUUUCGAUUGCUAAAUGUACAUACUCGAAAAAAAUACAUGUAUAGAUUGUAAUUUACUUUAUCAAAUUAAAAAAAAAAAAAAAAUGUAUAAUAUAGAUCAUAAUAAUCAUAAAUCAUAACAAUCAAAAAAUGCAUAAUCAUAAAAUACAACAUUUCGAUAACAUAUAUUAUUAAUAAUAAUGACAGAAUUCCUAAAAAAUCGGUAGAAUUUACGUUUUAACAUACCCUGAAUUAUACAGGGUAUCUCAUGAAUGUAAUGUGCAUUACACGGAUACCCAUUACAAUAUCUUCUGAGAUAACAAGAUAAUCAAAUUCUGUUUCUUUUUUUAUAUAUAUAUAUAUAUAUGUAUAUUACUCGUGGGAAUAAUGACCACAAAUAUUUAAAUUCGUAUCAUUACGUGGAUUUCAAGGACUAAACAUUAAAUUUGUGUCUUUUAUAACUAUAUAGUUUAAAUACGAAAAUAGUGGAUACUGCAGCUGAUGGGUGUUGUAUUAGAUGGAAAGUUCGAAAGACAUAAUAUAUAGAGUAAUUUAGUUUAAGAUAACUGUACGCAACGAUAGAUCGUCGCUAAUGAAAAAUUACUCAGAGCAAAGUUUGACACGUUUUUAAAUGCUUUGGUUUUAACAAUUUUCAUAUAUAUUUGAACUUGAAACGCUUACAAACAUAAACAUUACGCUCAAAUUGUAUUUAUUUGACUACAAAAUUAAACUUAUAAUGAACGGCUUGGUAAAUUUUCGAUCAUUCAAGCUGGGCCAAAACAACUAUAUUCACAUACAAGUUCAAAAAUCUCAAAUGGUUUUAAAUAACUCAAAAACUUUCGUUUUUUAUUUUUUUUUUUUUUUUUUUUUUAAUUUCACCGAGUAUGGAAAUUGCAAAUAUAUGAAAAUAUUACAUAUUGUUACAUGGCCAUGUGUUUUUAAAGAAAUGUUCAAUUAUAAAAAAAGGGAAAUAUACAUUUCACCUCCGUUCUCUCAAUAAAGAAAUUCUAGGAACGAUAUUGAAAUAUAACUUAAACUCUAAAUCUAAAUAAAAGACUCCAUUAUCAGGUAAUUUUCCCUAUUUUUCCGACGGCUUUUCUCAAUUAUAAAGAUUACUACAAAGAAAAUUAAGCUAAUGAUCGGAGCGAGAUAUCUGGUAUAAAAGUUGUUUACAGAUGAAAAAAAACACACACGCUAUUGUAUAAAACCAAUACAUUUCUCAAUUCUCUCACCAGCAAUAAACGAGCGUCCUCUAUCGUUCCACGUACGCAGUACAUGCUUUAUUCAGUUGUUUCCGUCUAUUAGUAGGUACACAUAAAGUCAAUGGGUAUGUAAUAGUAAAACUUUAGACAUCGUUUGUCAUGAACUAAACGCGUCCUUAGAAUUAUUAAUCAUUGUCAGGCUAUAUCCUAUUUCACAAAAGUUUCUAUAAUAAAUAGCCGACUUAUUAUAAUAAUCGAAAUUAUUACGGUUUCAGCUGAUGUCAAACUGCGGCACCAGUGCCUUUUGCUGAAAGUGUGAGUCUAGUAUUUAUCGACUUGAUUUUUCUUAUUGAACACCUACCUAUUGUAAAUAACUUCGGGUACCUUGUAUUGAUAUUUGAUUGAAAUAUUAUAGUAUUUACCGUAAUUCCUCUAUAUUUUAUAUUUUGUGUUUCUAAUUUCUAAUUUUUUUUUUUUUUUUCAUAUUAAGUGAUUAAUUCUACAAUAAAAUGUUCUUUAAUUUAUGUUAUUUUUAUAUUCCGACCCCUGAAAAACAUUUCAACCGAAAAAUUUGACCCUAAUAUUGUAAUUUGUUUUUAAACCUACGCAGUUAAAACAUAAGUUUAUGAAAAAUACGCAUUAAUAAUGCGAAAAAUUGUAAUUUAUUUUUUACAAACUAAUACUUUUGGAGGGCUAAAAUUUGUUGGAAAGUAUUUUGUUGGAACUGUAUUUUGUCAGAAAAAUAUUGCCUCGGAAAGUUUUUUGUCAGAACUGUUCAAUAUAAUUUUAUCAUAAAUACUCCAUAGCUGCAUGUUCUCGUCGUUGGGUAAAAAUUAUUUUUCGACAAAAUAUGUUUCCGACUAAAUAAAUUUCCGACAAAAUAUUAUCCGGUUAAUUAUUUUUCCGAAAGCAAAACUUUCCAACAAAAUACUUUUCCGAAAAAAUACGGUUCCGAUAAAAUACGUUUUCAACAAAAUACAGUUCUGAUAAAAUAUUGGAAAAUAUUUUAAGCGCCACCAUAUAUUUUUCGAUAGAAGUUCAGCCGAAUUUUUUUUGAUAAUUUGUGGCGUAUAUACAAUGUAUAAACUAAACAGGUACAAUUAUUUUAUAUUUUUGUGUAUUUCACCUACCCAAUUCCUCACCUACAACGGUCUCUUAUUCACUGUUUUUUAAUCACUGUAAUGAUAUUAAUCUGUUAUGACAUACAUGAUUAAUCAUAACAUCAUUAAUAUCGGAAUCAUCGCGUUUUUUAGGUAUUCUAAGAUUAAUUUUUGAUAAUAAACACGAUAAAUUAAUUAUAACAAUAAUAAUAAUAAUAAAUCCAUUUAGUAAUACGUCAUUCAUUGUUACAUACACGCGUGUAAAGAUUUCGUGUAACCAAUGCGCUGCAUGUUAACAUAUUAUACUUAACAAUUUCCAUUAAUUGAUUGUUGACAGUUUAAAACAAUUUAAAAUAAAACACAUAUAUAGCAGAACUCCGUUAUUAGAGUCAAUUUUCCCCCAGAUGAUUUAUUGCUAUUAAAAUAUUUCAUAGUUUUUUUUUUUUUUAUGAUAAAGAAUUGAACAAAUAAGUUUAAUCAAUAUAAGUAAAUCAGUUCUCGACAUUUUUAAUAAAAUACAUACAGAUGAUGAGAUCAGAGGUUGGAAGUUUAAACUCUUUAAAAGAAAUAUCCUUGGCAGCAAUUCUAAUUAAUGAAUCCUUAAGCGUAUUUAAAACUCGCAAUUUUCUGUAAAAACAAUAAAAUUGGAUAUUUGAAUAUUUUUAUAUCCAAAUUUACAGGGAAAAAAAUAUAUAAUAUAUAUAUAUAUAUAACAGAUACAAUUCAGUGCAAUAGUCUCUAUCUGUGGGGAAAAUUCGACGAUAGUAUAAUAAUUAUGCCGAUUGUCAUUAUAUGUGCAACGUUAAUGAAAGGAUUUAGUUUUACUUAACCGCUCUCGCAAUUUAAUACCAGAAACGGCGAGUAUACUGUUUGAACAAUAUGUUUAUUGUUUAUCUAUUAUAUUAUACAACAUAAAAUAUUACAGUAAUAGUAUAAUACGCCGAGAAAUAUUAUAAUGACGUCCCGUUGUCAGGCGAGGGUGCUAAUUUGAAUCCGUCACCGCCCACACAGCGGCAGAUAUACAACCGAAAGGGAAAUUGUUUUAAAGCCAGCUUAUUUUACAACCAUUUCCCCCCCCCCAGAAAUUUAUACCCCGUUCUGACUAAAAAUUAUUAAUAGUUUAAACACCCUCAACGUCCCUCCCGAUUUUAUAAAAUAAUCUAUAACCUUAGGUCAUGAUAUAAUAGUUUAUUCGUUCCUAUAUUUAUGCACGCGUUAUAAUCUCGCAUCAUUCAGAUUUGACAUUGUCCGUAUACUAUUAUAAAAACGACCAGUGUUGCAAUUAUCUUGAUAAAAGCAUCUAAACGGUAUCUAUAAUGGCAUAUCUAUACCGUACUUUUUUAUCUUUUAGGUAUAAAUAAACCGAAAUAUUUUACUUUUUAAUUAUUUUUAGUAUACCAAGUGAUUAAAAAUGUAAUUUACAGCAAUUUUCUCAUACAAAUAUUCAAAAUAGAGAGUACAAUAUUAAAUAUAUAGUCUCAUAUAUUCGUAGAUUAUCUUUUAAGAGACGAUUUUUGGGUCAAAUUUUAAAAAUAGCCUCUUUAAUACACCAAUUUGAUCCAAAAUUUUACAAAAAUCUCUGAUAUCAUUUUUGAUUGGAGCAACAUUUCUAGUUGAUUAGGUUUAGAACACAAAAAAAAUAAGCACAUAUCGUAGUAAAAAUCAAUGUAUACCUCACUUCACUCAGAAUCUAAAAAAAAAGGCAUACAUCAUAGUAAAACCAAUAAAUUCCUCUGAGGAGUUUAAUAGUGUUCAGAAUUAAAUAUUUAAUUUCCCGUCUGAAUUAAAUUUGUAUAGUCAAUACAAUAGUCGCAAAAAAAACAAAUGUCUAAGUAUAAGUAAAUAUUUUAAAUAUAUUUAAAACCAUUAACCUAACCUUUUUGGCUUUCGUCAGUGUAAAUAAUUGGCUCAUUGAAUUUUAGUAUAGCAUCAAUAAUGGCUAAGAGCGGAAGAUACGGUUUUCGACCAACUAUUUCAAAAUGCUUUAAAAUAUCUAUGCUUAAAGUUAAAUAAUUACAACUUACAUAUCUUUCGUUUAUAGUUGAAAUUUGAUAAUAAAAAUCGGAAAAUAAUGAUCCGUUCAAAUCUUUCCAUGCACAGUAUUUUGAGUAACAGCAGUAAGUAGAAAAGAAAAAAUAAUAAACUCCGAAAAUAUCAAACAAACGACGAGCUAAACGGUAGUAGAAUUUGAAAACUCAAAAUCCAAAAAAGGGGUGCCAGUGUAACGCACGUGAAAAACUUGUAGAGUUUUUGUUCAUUUUUGGGUUACCUUGGAAACAAAAGAAAAAUAUACGACUAAUAAUGUGAUUAUAAUAAUCGUGAUUCGCUAACAACGGUUUAUCGUUGUGUACAGAUAUAAAUUUAAUUACUCUAUAAAUCCUCCCUUCAAACUUCCUUCCAGAAACGAUGGCACACCAAUCAAAAGUAUUAGUCUUUUUUUUUUAAUUAAUUUACAGACAAUAUUUAAACGGGCACCGUGCCUUAUAGUAUUAUCAACUAACUAAACGCAAGUAUUUUAAAUAAUCUUUAGUGUUAAUUAAAAGUUUUAAAUUACCGCCGACUUAAUACGCGCACAGAAAUGCCGUAAUAAAAAAAAUAAUAACAAUAAUAAUUAGAUACCUACUUCAUCAAAUAAUAUCGUAAUAACUUAAAAGUACAAAAUAUUUUAAUUAAGGAAAAUAUGAUACUUGUCUUGAUAAAUAUACAUGCACAUUUUUUUUUUUUUAUACAGGGAGUCCUCCGCCGCGCGUUAUGUGGAACCUACACGGAAUGAAUGUCGACAACACAUACAGUGUCGAAAGGGAAAAUGUCGUGGUUAACGUAUUGCGAAUCGAUCGCGUUCAACGAGACAGUCUCGGCAAAAAACUCGAAUGCGAAGCGUCCAAUAUACCGAAUAUUGUUCAACUGAGAACUUCGGUCACCAUGAAUGUUUAUCGUGAGUAAAUGAAAUAAUAAGAUAUUUAAAACGCUUUAAAAAAAUAAAGGCAAUCUUCGAAAUAACGUUAGUUGAUCCGUAAUGAACUGUACACAGUUAUCGAUUUAAACGCCUACACUCGCCCAAUUUUUUUUCAAAAUUUUUUUUUUUCACAAUUUAAGAAACAAGGAAACAACUUUGAAAUAUUCCGUCAACAUUAUUUUUCCUCGCCUUUAUUUUUAGAUGUAAAACGAAUAUCUACUUUUGAUCUUCGAAUGGCAACCUGUAUCUAAAAUCUCACGAAUUGACAGAUUUUUAAUUUAAAUUGGUAUAAAUUAAUACUUUUGGUGGUGGAAAUAUUUGAUUUCCAUCAACCUAUUGACGAAAUAACCCACUUUUAAAUUUGGGUAAGGGGAGAAUAAUCAAACACCAUACACCGCUGUAUCACCAUACAAAUGAUGUGACAUUUUAGAGUUGCUGGUUUCUUAAAUUAUUAAAAAAAAUUCGUCUAGCAUAUUAAAUCGUCAUGGAAUCUAUAAAAAAAAAUAAUAUAAAUCUAUCUAAUAAAAUACGUGUACUAUUUUUCACAUAAACUAGGUAGAGUUUAGUAAAUUAUCUAGAGUCUAGAAAUUGAUGACUUAAAAAUAUUUAAAACGAAUCAUACAAAUGUUAAAAGAUUACCCAAAAACAAAUCACAACGUAGUUAUUUUAUGUUUAUUUUUUUUAUAUGUAUAAUAUAUAAUAUCGUAAAAAUAAUUUUUAUAAAUUAGUAAACAUUGUUAUCAAUUAAUUCAAUAAAACACUUUUUAUUAGACGCUCCAAUUAAUAUAUUUAUAAUAGUAACACUAAAUUUUUUUUUAAUACAUAUAACUGUAAAAGUAACCUAAAAAACAACAGUCCAAUAUAUUAAGAGACUCAAAAUAUAAUGUAAAUUCAAAACUAUGAAAAUAUAUUAAAUAACUAAAUAAUACCAAAAAGUAAUUACAUAGUUGAUACUAUUCGCUAUUUCUAUGUAAAUGCAUAAGCAGUUUUAUAGGUCCAGCUAAUACAAUCUGAGCUACACCUGAAAUUUCAGCAAAUUUUAGCAAUUUUUUACAAAGUAGCUUUUUAACAAUUCAAUAUAAUACAAUUUUCGUAUACAAAUUUAGUAGGUAGCUUAAUAGGUUGUUUAUGAUAAUGUUGAUUUGUAGACUGCUUAUUUUCAUUAUAGUCGUAGUAAUUAUGGCAUGAAAUUAUGACGAAUGAUAAAUAUAAAUGGAACACAAUUGCUAAAAAUAUGCCAAUCAUAAGCAUAAAGGUACGAGUUUACAAUUAUAAAUGAAUGCACAAUAUUUUACUAUAUUAUUUAUUUUAUGAAUUAUGACAUAGGUAGGUACAAGUAUUUUUUUUAUUUAUUGUUUAUGGUUAUCAAUGAAUUACAUUUUUGGAACGUAGAUUUUGAAACAAAGUCUACCAUAAAAAUACACAUAGGUACGAAAUUAUCAGAGUCCACAGCCUUCUUCCUCCGAAAAAAUUGACCACCUUGCGCCUAUAAUGCAAGGGUAAAAAUAAGGAAAGAUAUUCCAAAUAUUACUUCAGUUAAAACAAUUCAUGAGUGGUCAGACUAGCUACAAAAUUAUAACAAGAUUUGACACAAUAAUUGUUACAUCUUGAAGUUGAAAACGUUGUGUCUCAAAGCAAACUGUUGUUAAACGUAAACUUUGAACAACAAUGACUCAAACAAGAUUGAAUCGUCUCAUGUUGUUAUUUGUUCAAUAAAAGAACCCAAAUGCAGUAAACUGCACUGAUGAGGUCAUAGAGUUUUAAACAUAAAACGGCACAACACGUCACUUCUUAUUAUAAUUUAAUAUUUGUUGUACAAUUUUUUUUUUUUUUUUAGUUGACUAGCAAAUGAAAAGUUCAAGAAAAGAAAAAUAUGUUAAAUUUGUAUUUUUUCUACAUAGUAAUAUAAUGUAAUUUCUAUAUAGAAAUUAAUCGAAUUAAUUGUGUGUCAUUUAAGGUUGAAUCUCGGUGUUGACUGCGUGUAUAUGAACAACGCACUAGAGCAAAAAUAAAACACUACAAAAAGUGCAAAUACAUCAAGUUCCGAACCCUAAUAAUAACGCGCUAUACAGGCUGUCCCAUAAAGAAAUACCCCUUAAUUAAAUAUCUCCGGAGAUAAUAAAGUUAAUAAAAUUAUGUUUUUUUUUUUAUAUUACUCACAGGAAUAAGGACUACAAAUAUCUAUACUUUUUUUAUUGUUUUACUAAAAAAAAAAAUUUAAUUCAACAGCCUGUAUAGGUGCAUGACUAAUAAUAAUACCAAUUGAACAGAUACCAAAUGGAAUCAAAUUGUAAUUCGAUUUAAUAAUUUGCUGACAACGCAACGCGACAACGGUUGUGUUGUUAAAUAAACAAAUAAACGAAAAAAAAAUGUUUCUUGCCUUUAAACACGUAGUCUCGAACUCCAAGACAAGACUGUCGGGAAUAUCGAUCUAUUGAAUAAAAUUUCACGGAGAUGACGUCGACUCCGGAUAACAAGCCGUCGCCACUUGAGGACAUACACUCGAGGCAGAUUCACUGGGCGGCCAUGGCCACAGAACUAUCGCGCAAGACCGAUUUUACUAAAGAAGAAGUGCAGGAGCUGCUAAAUAUAUAUUACACGCUGACCAAUAAAGGUAAAAGGACGAUGGACAAACAGUGUUUUGUGGACUUUAUGGACCGUUUCCUGGGCGUCAAGAACACAGAUGCCGUGGAAAAAAUGCACCAACUGUGUUCCGUGGCCAACAAAAAAUACUUGACGGAACGGGAGUUCGUCAGCACGCUGUCGGUGCUGCUGAAUGGGUCGCUGUCCGACGCGGUUAAAUUAUCCUUCGACGUUUACAUUAACAUGCUCAGGGCACCGGCGCAUGCAACAAGGGAAAACACAGCGGCUUCGGCGAUAACCAAGAAAAGAAUCUCGAAUCUGCGGGUCAACGCAAACGAGAAAGAGUACGAUCAGAAUUUUGUCGGUCCCAAUCGGAUAAACGAGGAAAGUCGAGAGGUCCGGAACGGUGACAAGAUACCGCUGGACGACUACCGGAUUUCGGUCAACGAAAAAGUAACGUGGUCGCAGUUUCAAGAGCAUAUCCUGCCGAAACCCAAAAAUAUACGGUCGUUUAUGCGAACAUUUACCACUCGACCUUACGUCAAUAAGAUCAAAAAUUCGGCGAUCAUCCGACAGCAGCCCGAUAUCACGGCCAGAACUCUGCUGUCCAUGUCCAAAGUGGCCAAAUUCAAUCUAGAAAUGUUACAUUAAUAAUGAAUAUUGCGCAUUGUUCACUUGUCCGCGUAGAUACAGCGGUAUACGGGUACAGCAGCCGUAGGAUAUUUUAUAGAAUGAUUUUAAUCAGUUUAAAACAAUGAAAAAAAUAAAAAUAAAUACUUUUGUUCGCUCAAACUGUCGUGGUUCGUUUUUUUUAAAUUUUAUUUGUGCGUCAUUGUAAAUGAAAACUGACAAGUAUUUAUCAAAUUGUAUCAAAAUUAUUAUAAGAAAACUUGUCAUUACUAAUGUACUUGCUAGUAGGUUAAAAAAAAAAUCAAGCUGCAAUAAUCGGUACAAGAAUUAAAAAUUGUUAAAAUUAACGUUUGAAAAAAAAAAUUAUAUACUUAAAAACACAUAAUUUAUUAAGACAUUUCACUCUUAAUUGUAAAUCUCUUUGAUACGGUCACUAAAUAUUAAAAAGAUUUACGGUAAAUGUAAAAUGUAAUAUUAUGUAGGCAAGAUAAAUUAUCGUCAAUUCAGCCUUUUUUAAUAGUUAUUACUUAUUUACAAUAUUAGGUUACGCGUACCCCAUUGUUGAAUUUACUGCUUUUAAACAAUUAACUAUACCUCUGCCUAGUAUAAUACCUACUACUACUGAAGCACAUUCAUUACUCAAAAAUAAUAUUAUUUUCAUCUUCCGCCUCUAUAAGAAUUAAAUAUAUAUUUCUGUCGUGCUAUUAUAAUUGUACAGCUGUUUUUUAGUAGGAAUUUAAUGUAAUGGAAAACGUAAAAUAAGGUAAACUGCAAUUAACUUUUAAAAAUAAUAAUAAUAAUAAUUAAUGAAACAAACAUUAGAAUUUUAAUAGAUUUCAGUGAAAAUUAUAUAAUAUAAUUAUAUUUUUUUUUUUUUUUUGUUAUCGUAAAUGACAUCUUAGUUAAUCAUAAUAAUAUAUUAUAGGUACCAGGUUCAGUUUUCGAUCAUUCACCACUAUACCAAGAACUCGAAAGCCAUACAAAUAAACGGUUUUUCAAAUCGAUACAUAUUUUUUUACAUAGAUAAUUACUACUUCACCAUCAUUACUUAUUGUAAUUAAAAAAAUUAAUAUUUUAUACUAUUUAUGAUUAUAAUAUUAUAGCUGUUGAAACUUGUAAAUAAUAAUCAAUCUAUAUUUAAUUUAAAUUAUUACAUACUAAAUUAUACGUUGCAGCUGCAAUAACGAGAAUUUAAUAAUUUUCCAAAAGUUAUGUUAUACUCGUAGCUAAAGCUAAUCUUAAGAAACAAAGUUAGAUCUUGACAGAAUACCAAGUUCAAUUAAGUUCUACUCAAAAGUGAAAUUUAAUAUACCUAGUCUAGAAAUUCCUCCUUUAUAAGGGGAAAAAGUAUCUAUGCAUAAAAAUACAAAAACUCGUCUGAUGAAUUUAAAAUUUUUAAUUUACGUGGUAUUACUUUUAUCUUUCAUUUUAAUGUACCUAUACAUAUUUAAUAAAUAAUAAUUAAUAGAAAUAAAAAUAAAAUUUAUAUUAAACAUACAAUUAUGAUAACGUUACAACAAUAACGUAAAAAAUAUCAUAAACAAGUAUAUAUAUAUAUAUAUAUGUAUUAAUUUUAAGUAUAAGUCAAUUAUAAAAUCAUUAAUCUCGACUGGUAUUUUCUACCGACAAAUAAAAAUCUGAAAACUCAGUCUAGAACUCUUCCCACCCCACCGUUUUUCUUAUAGAGUCGUUACCUAUAUUUAUUUCAGUUCAUUAUUACGGAGAGAAUAAGGAAAUUAAAAAAAAAAAAAACCACGAAUUAUGAAAUUAUUCAAUUGUUAACGUCACUUUUUUCAAACAUAGUUACAACAGGAAGGUAUCUAACUGAAAACGCGGAAUGUUAUUUUAUAUUCGCGUCUGGAUCAAUUGUUCGUGUGUACAUAUUAAACUUGCAAUUAUCUCAAAAACCCUUCAAAAUAUAACUAUGGUAUUAUUAUAUUAUAUAUAAACCUAUAUCGAAAUAAAUUGAAUGUAUAUUCGUCCUAACCUAACCUUUAACCCCCACGACUUUAUUAUACAUUAAUGAUACCACUCAACAUGAUUAUAUUAAUAUUGUAUAUUCGUAUCGAAUUAUUCUGAGAAACUUAAAAUAACACACGGUGAUCCCGAUCUAAUUACCUGCAUAUUAUUAUAUCACAACUCAUUAUAAACUAUUUAAUAUAAUAUGCAUAAAAUAUCAACUGUUAUAUAAAUUCUUAGGGCGUCUAUUGGAGGUAGGGAAAAUGAGGAUAUGCCACCCCUGGCUGUUUCGUACUCAUAUAUUACAUACAUAAAUACACAGUUUAAAAAUAAAAAUGCAAUAUAUCGUUGAACAGUGACACUUAAAAUUAAUACAAAUUGUCCUGUCCGCCUGGAUUUUUGAAUUUAGAUGAAUGUGUGUAUAUUGAAACAUCAUAAUUCAUUAAUCGCAAUAUUUAAGAUAAUAAUUUAGAAAAUCAGAUAAUAUUGUUUGGCUAAAAUGAAAUGCUUGAAAAUUUAAUACGAGGUUCACUAUAAAAUUAAUAGUAAAAAAAAUUAAGUUGAAUAUAAUGUAUUAGUUCUUUUUUUUUUAUAAACGUUUUAAAAUCGAAUUUUAACGAAAAUCGUAAAAAUUAAAACAUUAAAACGCAUCUCAAAACAUGUAUAAAUAGUAAAUAAACAUGUAUAAACUUCGCUCAGAAUUGUUUUUAAUUAACAAUGGUUAAGCAUUACGUACAGAUUUAAAUUAAAUACCUAACUUUAUAUAUCCUACAUUCACAACUCCCUACCUACAAUGAUGACAGACCCAUCAACAAUAUCAGCUUUUUUUUAAAAAAUAAUAAUUAUAAUACAGUUUAUAUAUUAUUAACACUUGACGUGAAACAAAUUAUGAUGUUCUUUAAAAAGAAUUGCUUUAUUGUUUCCUAAACUUUCUAAUAAAAAAAAAUAAGAAGAAAAUUACAAAACUAAAGUUAGUUACUAACUAAAGUUUAUUAUGGAUGAAAUUGUUAAAUAAUAUAAACUAACAUUUUCUGGACGAAAAAAAAUAUAAAUUAAAAAAAGUAAUUUUUGCUGAGAAUACGAACGCAUCUAUUGUUGUAACGUAUACUUAUAUUUAACAGUUGAACAUGUCCAAUCUGAUUAUCGUGACUAGUGGGACGGUACAAAAUGCGUUGUUUAUAACAAAUAAUAUAUAGUUAAAUAGUUUUCUCUGUUUCGUAUUAAAUAUACAAAUCCUAAUCUUACACAUUAAUAAAACACUGCAAUUUUCGUAUAAUUCAAAAUGCGUGUGUGAAAGAAAACUCGAAAGAAUAUAUAUCUAAUUAUCUGAAUGAAUAUUUUAGACCAAGUAGACAAAAAAAAAAUCAGGUUAUCGAGUAGUAACUCGCCGUGCAUUAUUUAUACAUUACUUUGCAACACUAUACUCGUACACAAUUACAAAAACGUACUUACAUUGAUAUCAAUGUUGGCAUUAGAAACUUUUGAAGGGGUGAGAUACACACUUAUAAGAUCUCAGUUUUAAUCUUUAUUUUAUAAAGUUUAUAAUAAUUAUUACUUAGAAUAAUAAUAAUAAUGAUUAUUAAAAUACUAUAACGAUAUAUUUUAUACCAAGUAUAGAGUCUAAAAAUUGUGGAAACGGAUACAGUCGUAUGGAAAUCCACAGAAUAUAUUAAAUUAUAUUUAAGUAAAUUAUUGCAUUUAAAAAUCUAGAUUUUAAACGUGAACGAAAUAUCGGCUUUGUUAACACGAUUUUUUUUUUAAUUUCUAGGAAUAUUUAGAAAUUUCUAGAAAAUUAUAAAACAUUUUAUUUUUUUUUUUUUUUGCAAACCCCAAAAUAAUAUAAUGGAUUUCGAAUGGAUUUCAUAUUUUGUGGUAUUAGCAUAUUAUGCCUAUCUAUGACAUUUUCAAGCACCUCUUUAAUACUGGAAUAAACGUCAUUCACAAACACAUGCCCUCACACUAGGUACAUACUACAUAUGCUAUAACAUUAUAACCUAGGUACCUAUUCUUAUUUAUAAUUCAAACGAAUACUCCAUACCUAUGUGCAUAUAUUUUUUUAAAUAAUAUUUGUUUAAUAUUGUAUUUAUUUUCCCUUUUUUUCCUGGUUUUUACCAUGUUUUUCCUAUUUAUUAGAAAAACUCCUGGGAAAAUCAAAGAAUGACCCCCUUAAAGUAUCACUCUAGUGAAAUUCCUCUUCAGACAAAACGAUACUUCUGAGCAAGAUUCCUGGUAGAAUUUGUGUAUAUAGUACAAAAAAAAAAAACAUCUUUGGAAAAACAAUACAUUCUUCGCUAUACUAGGAAUCUAAAAUACAUUAUUAUCCAUUUUACUAUUAUUUCCUCAUUAUAUUCAUAUUACAUAUAUAGAUGCAAUAACAUGUACAUUUCUUAGAACUCUUGAAUUUUAUUAGGGAGUUAGUGAGUUAGCUAGUGAGUUUAAGCUAACCAACUCUCUAAAGUGCUUGUGCCACAUGCAGUUCUGGAGUACAGCUCAGUUUUAUGGACAUAGUAGCUGUGUAGGCAUUGAGUGUGUCCAUCAAUUUAAAAAUAUCAUGCCUCGUUUAACUUCAGUUAAAUCAGAGUAAAAAUCAGUUUAUCUUCAAAAAACUCAAUCUUCCAUCUCACGUAGACUAUACUCUCAUAAUCUUUCUUUUCUUCAGAAUAUUUCUGGUGACAUUGAUUCUCAAACCCUUCUCUCGCUUAUGAAUUUCGAAUUCUUUCUCGCUCUAAACGAAUAAUUUAUUAUUAUUACACAUCAGUAUAUUACACCACGAACUUCCAACAAAAUGUGCCUAUUAAUAGUCUCAUGGAACUAUAUAGCGUAUGAUAACCCCCCAAUUCUUGUUCGUUUAAAUUGUAUGCAUUGUUUCUAUCUCCCUAUAUUAAUUAUAUUUUUAACUGUUUUAUGUUUAGAUUAAAUUUAUAUUUUUUACCUGAACGAAAGUCCGUUACAUCAAAUAUUUAAAUAUGAUUUGAAAUAAUUUACAGUGAAACCGUUGAGUGUGGCCAUUACCGGAGUGGAACAACCGUUUCUUGCUGGAGAACCGAGCAGUAUCGAUUGCGUUUCGUACGGUUCCAGACCAGCGGCCAAUAUCACGUGGUACCACGAUGGACGAGUCAUCGAGAACAAAACAAAACGUAUAAAGGUAUACGAAAAAUAUUAUUUUCAACAUUAAGUCUAGCGUUUAAUAAUAAUCAUAUUAUCCACAAAAUGUAACAUAUCAGCGCAUUCGCGAUUUGUGUAUAUACAUAUACCUACGUAUAGAAUGCUAGGUAGGUAGUAAUAUUAUAAUAUUAUUGUACGAAUCAAUCGAAUUCGUUUUGUCCUGUUCGGUACAUGACUCGUGUAAUAAUAUAAUGCCUGCCUCUGACAUAUUAUUUUGAAAGGAUCAAAUUAUUUUAGGUCCUGGCAAACGGCCGACCGCAAAUUAUUAUAAAUAAAUAUACUCAAUAUAAUAUAAUAUAGGGAUUAGUGCCGGUUUCUAUUGUUUUUCUUCGUCACCUAUUGCAUACCUUGUAUUAAAAUGUUUGGUAUAUUAUAGUAUAUACUAUGUCGUAGCCAUUUCGUAAAAUAGACCUUUUCACGAAAAGUUAUCCAUUUCGUGUAAAGGAAACGACUUUUUCACACUUCGUGAAAUACAAAAAUAUUUCAAGGUAAAGGCAUAUUUUCAUGAAAUGGUCUCUCGAAUUAGACAUCGUGUAAUUUUUUUCGCGAUGUGGUCGGUCACAUCUGUGUACCUACUGAAAUAAAAUAUUUACCACACACAGCUAUAAUUUUAUUAUUAUUUAUAUUUUAUAUUAUUUUUUAAUAAAGAAGGUAACUUGUUUAAUAUUUUAUUAACUUGAGCAAGACAAGACAUUUUUGACAACGAAUUUUACAACUGUUGUUUAUAUUUGAUAAUUAUUAUAUAAAAUAUAGAUUAUCUAAUGGGCUGUUUAAAAUUUAUAGAUUUUAUUUGUUUCGAUAAUAUAAAAUCUUUGGUUUCCAGGUGGUGGAAAAUAAUAAUAUGACAUGGAGUUCAUUAAGAUUAGUACCGUCUGACAACGACGAUCAAAGCGUUAUAAGCUGCGUAGCGAGCAACAUAUAUUUUCGAAAAGAACCGAAAGAACAAAAAAUAAUACUCAACGUUCAUUGUACGGUGUAUUUAUAAUAUUUAUACGAAUUUUAUAUCAUUUAUAAUUAUUAAAAAAAAACACGUAUUUAUAGAUCCCCCGAGACUGCGAAUUGAUUUAGGCAGAAACUUAAACGUUUCCUAUAUUAAAGAAGGUUCUGAUGUGUAUUUCGAAUGCACCAUUAAGGCGUCGCCAGUCAUAAACAGGCUUGACUGGGAUCAUAAUGUAAGUAAACUAUUAUCUAUAUUUUAAAAUCGUUUUAAACUCAUAAUUUACUAGUGGAUUACUUUUUUAUUCAUUAUUAAUUCGAAAAAAAAAACACUAUAAUAUGCAUGUAACUAUUAUAAGCAACAAGCUUAAUUAUUAUAUACAUAAAUAUUUAUUUAAUAAAAAAAAAAACAAUAGUAAAAGAAGCCGCGUAUAAUUGAGUAGAUGUUUAUUAUUAUGUUUAUAUAAAACAAUGUACUCUGCGUGUGGUAUGAUGGUUUUAUGUCGUCCGAAAGAGGUAUUAUUGCUAUAUAAGAGCAAAGAACGUAUAAAAAAAAAAAAAAAACGAAAACGAUUUCUUGUGCGUUAUUGUAAAGGAGGAACUCGAAUAGGCACUCGAGAAAAGGUCUGUUAUGCUUACGCGAGCCUCAGAGAAGAGGCGAGCACUUGGCAUCAAGAUAACCAGAAGAAAGGGUUGGGGUAUGAUGUUUACACUGCCGGGGUAUUCCGGGCCAGAAAACGGUUAAGGAAUUUAAUUAUUUCACGAUUGUUUCGUGUAAAUAAUAUCCCGAGUUUUAUAUAUUUAUAUUUUUUUUUUUUCAUAUAUCAUAUGCACAGGGGACAAACGUCGGACGACACGAGAGCCGGAGAACAAUUGUGAGCAAUCAAACCUUAGUUUUACAAUCAAUAACGCGUAAGGGGUCCGGGAGCUACCGAUGCAUAGCCUCAAACGGUAGAGGAAAAUCUAUUAGUAACGCUUAUCACAUCGACGUCAAAUGUAAGUAUAAUAUAGACUAUAAUGGCAUUAUAGUUAUAUUUAACGAAAUUAAAUUGUAUUCAGUGUUCAGUAAAAAAAAAAAAGAAAGACAUUUUUUUCCUGUUUGUUAUCUCAAAAUAAAUAAUUUGUGAAAACUUAAUCAUGAAUUAUGAAUAUAAUGUAUAUUAUACAAUACUUAUUUACCAGCUACUUGUGCAUCGUAGCGUAUUGUAUUAAAGUCACUAAAACAAUAUUUCAAAAAAUUAUUUUGACCGUAUUAUUAUCAUAAUACUUAAGUUUCAGUGUACAUUUUUCAUUAUCUACUUAGAAUAUCUAAUUUAACAUCUCAACAAAUGUGACUAAUACAGCUUUGCGUGAUCCAUUUCAUGGCUAAAUAUACAGACAUGUCAGCAAGAUAAAGCUGUGCAUAAAACAUUGGUUAUCACUGGCGUACAUUAUAGAAUAAAUAAUAUUAUUGCCGAUUUUUCUCAUCGUUAUCGUGCUAUCUCAAAGUAAUAACGACUAACGACUAACGACUAAAACUACACUAUAAUAAAACGAUACCACGUCUUGAUAGCCGCCAAAUUAAUAUCAGAUGCAAUAUAGCCGACACAGUGCAAUGAUAGUGUAUUUGAUUAUCUUGCUGACACGUAUGUAAAUUUAAUCACGACCCACCUCACAUGAUUACUCUGUACUUAAUCAUAUUAAUUAUGGAACCUAAUAAAUGAACUUUCGGUUCAAUAACCAACUGCGAGCCACACAUUUUCCAUAUUUGAGUUAAUGGCAUUAGAUAGCAACCAUAUAUCAUAAAAUAAUUGUAUGAAUUGAAUUAUUCAAUUCAUUAAUAGGCACCUAGAUGAUAGGACCUAAAUCGUUAUUUCAUUUUAAAGUCAUAAAUAUUUUUUAAGAAAAAUAAUAGCAGUGAGAAUAAUUGUAGAAUAGCAGAUAAUGGGAUGGGACUAAUCCGUUAUUGCACCGAAGGUCUCAUACAUUAUACCCGCUAAAAUUAUAAGAACGGUAAUAUCAUUUAGAAAUGUUACAUAAAUAUUACUAUUAUUAUACCGUUUGAAAAUAAAUUGAAAACGUUUCAAGGACAAUAAUACGUAUUAUUACAAUGUCGUCGUAACAACAAUUUAUUAUUCGGCUUUAGUACAGAUAUGGUCGAAAAAUAAUAAUAAAGCUAGAAAUACAUACGAGUAUGAAUAGGUAUGAAUAGGUAGUAUAAAAUUUGAAUAAAAAAAGAAUUACUUAUGGGACCGUAUAACAAAUUAUUCCGUUAUAGACAAUUUUAUAGGUACCUAACUUUUUAUAUAUUUAUGAGACAUUUUUACUUAAAAAAAAUAUAUAAUAUUGGUAAUAAAUUGCAUUAGUUAAAUAAAAUAACAUACAGAGGUCUCGUUGAAAAACGAAAAUUAAUACAUAUUAAUUUAACACGGAAUCCAUGUACACGUUACUGAAAAAUGUGUACAGGCCUAUAUUUAAUACACGUGAAUUUACUAUCCUUAUUUCUGUGUUUUAGAGUUAUUCAUGCAUUCAUGUAAUCACGGAUAGUUAUUUACUUAGGCGAUAACGUAUUUUAUUAAUUUUUGUUGAUUUUGUAUCAAUGUAUUGUUGAAUUAAAAUUUUUAUCAACAUUAUGAACUUUAAAUAUGUAUAUCAAAACACUAAAAUAGUGAAUAGGUACAUGAUUACGUUAAUAUACAUGUACAUAGAUUUUUCAAAUACGCCGGUUUAUAGAUUCGAAUGUUAAUUUCACAUGAAUACGUGAAAGCAUGUGCACUUAAAUUAGGACGUUCUAAAACCGUUGUACAUAUAUUUAUUUAUUUUUAUAAUGUCUAUAUAUUUAGGAUCUUAAUAAAUCAUAAAAGUUUACGAAAAUAAAUUACAAGGGCCGGAACUUUAUUACCUAGAUACAUAUUAUACACACAUAUAUAUAAAAUCAAAAUUAAUAAGCUCAUUAAUCUUACAAAUGUGAAUAUAAUAUGUUUAUACCUAUAUAUUAUAGAUAUAGGUAGGUAUACACAUUUUACGUAAUAUAAUAUUAUGCUAUUAUGCGUAACCCCUUAAAUAUCGGGCGUGUCACGUCCUCUUGACUUAAUUAACUCGAUUCGCCCAGCAACUUUGUUAUUUUGUAUAGGAUUAAUUGUUUAGCAAAACCAAAAUACAAAAACGAUAUAAAUAGAAUAGAUAGUAUUAAUAGUUAUUCAUCAUCUUCUUCAGCUUCUAAAGGAAAAGCCUUAUUAUAGCCAUUCUGUCACUUUCCAUCUUCUUGAGUUGUUGAUAAGAAGUAAAUCCAUCCAAUGGAAUAUUUUUUCAAAAAAGUAUUUAAACGUUCUUUCUCUGGUUCUUUUACUGUUAAUUACCCUUCCACUAUGAUGGUUAUAGAACUGAUUGUUCCUUAAAAGAUGUCCAAUUAGCUUAAUUUCUCAUUUCAUUAUUGCAUUCAUCAUUGUUCUUCUCUCAGUACUGUUUUAUUCAUCUUAUGUUCUAUCCAGCAUUCCAGUUUGUUUCUGUCAUUUUAUUCCACAACCACAUGCUCAUUUCCUCCAGUCUACUACUCUUAUUCCUUCCUAUCGUACACGUUUGACAACCAUAAAAUAGAAUACGCCAAAUAUAUAUUUGUAUAAAUUUAUUUUUUGAAAUGAUACUAGUUUUUAGCAAGGAUAAGCAUUAACGAGUUAAUAAGUUAAAAUUAAUUUAAUUUCAAUGUAUUAAAUUAACUAAUUUGCCUCAAUGUUAACUUGAUGAUGAUGAAUGAUGUUUAUUUUUUUUUUUUUUUUGUGAACAAUAUUUCUACCAGCAAUUAUGCUUCAACUUACAAUAAUAACACUUUUUCUGAAAAGAAAUCUAAGUGGUAAUUUAAAAAAGUUAUUUUUUAGAUUUUCCCAGGAGUUUUCCCAAUAAACGAGAAAAACCGGGGAAAAAAUAAGAAAAACGGGGGAAAAACAUAGGAAAAACGGAAAAAUAAGUACAAUAUUAAAGAAUUAUUAUUAAACAAAAAAUAUAAUGCAGAUACAAUUAUUUUACCAUGAUGUGGCAUAGAUAUUAAUAUAUAUAGUUAAAAAAUCCACACUAUUAACCGAACUCCACUCAGAAUCAUUUUUUCAUUAAAAUGAUUAGUCGUUGCUUACAGAUAUACAUUAAAUUUCUCCUCUACCUUCCCAACUUCUCAUCUACAACAGUGGCCCACCAAUGUGCAAAGUAUAUCGUCUUUUUUUAUAUUUAUAGAUAAAACUAUUUUAUCAUUUCAAUAAUGACAAACGAAUUAUAUUCAUAAUACCUACUUGGAUAUUACUUGAAUAAUACCUAUUUAUUAAAAUUUAAUAAAUAUUUUCAAUAAAAGUUUCGAACUAAUAUGUAGUUUUCGUACCUUUUUUUACUUUUUUGUUUCAAUUAUUUAUUUUGUAAAUUAAUAAAUUAUAAAUGUUAAAUAAUACAGUAACCACUUUUACACUCAAAUUUAAAUUAAAGUGUUUCAGAUUUUGAAUUAUGAUUGAAGUUCUAUAAAUGCUAUAAUUCCACAGAUUUUAAAAUAAACAAAUUGGUACCUAAUAUUUCAUAAUUGCAUUCACUUUCAUAUUAGAUUUUUUACCUAAACAAUGAAUUUUUUUUUAAUUAACUUAACUUAUUAAUUUAAGUUAAUGGUAAAUUUUAACUUAAUUUUUUAUUUAAUUAAUAUAUUUAAAAUAUCUAUUAACUUAAUUGUUAAUUUUAUUGAAAAAAAUUAACUUUCCCAGCCUUGGUUAAUAGUACUUAAUUAUAAUAACGUUAUUAUUAUAUUCAUUUUAUAGACGAGCCGUCUUGUAUUACCAAUCAACAACACGUUUAUGGUGCGCAUAAAGGAGAAACUGCAUGGGUCAAAUGUAAAGUCAACAGCAAUCCUACCCCUACUUCAUUCCGUUGGGCAUUUAAUAACUCCGUCUCUGGUUUAAUCAACGUGGCUAAUUCAGACAAAAGUUUAGCGACCAUUAAAUUCAAAGUCACUGAUUUCGGUACACUUCUGUGUUGGGCAACCAACUCGUUAGCCACACAAUCGCAGCCCUGCGUUUAUCACAUCGUACCGGCAGGUAAGUCGUGGGAUAAUUAUUAGCGGGAAAAGAAAGGGAAGAGGGAGUCAUAUUGUUCCCCUAUACAUAAUAUAAUUUCUAAAAAACACAAACAAAAUCCCGAAAUUUAAAAAAUAAUGAUAAGUGUACCGUACCUUUAUCAAUUUUUAAAAGUUGAAAAGAAUAGGUCUUAUCGUAUCCUAUAUAUUAUUAUAUAUUAUAUCAAAAUAAUGAUAUACAGAUUUCAAUAUCUUACAACUUAGUAAAGAUUUAAUAUUGGCUUUAUAAUAGUACCCAUAUUGUGUACAAUACAAAUAUUAUGCUUUUAUUAUGGUGAAUAUUUUUAUUGAUCUAAAUUUUAGGUGUACCUAAAUAAUAUAUACAAUAAAUUAUCAUAGCUUGUAUGUAUAAACUUUAUAUAUUGGAUAUUUUAUCUUAUCUAUGAGAAAUUUUUAAACAAUAUAUUUUUAAAGUGUACAUUUUACACGUAAACGUAAUCUUGUAUACAACAUAAAUAUUAUGAUAACAUUUCCCGAGUGUAAACGAAACAAUUACGUAUAGUAAACGGGUGUUAGCCUAAGAGUAUGAUAUAUUUCGUAUUAUCAAUUGAUUGAAUAUUUAAACAUGUACCUAAGAUAAUGUUAUAGGUAUACAACUCGAUUUUAAAUUUGAUAUCAUGUUGAUCGUUUACUAUUAAAAUAAAAAUAAUAUCUUAUAUGUACAGAGUGAUCCAUUCAAGUGGCUACGCUCGAUGUUUCGAAAAUUAUUGACUUUUUUUUUUGACAAUUUAAGAAACAAACAACUAUAAAAUGUUAAGUUUACAUUAUUUUUAUGAGCAAACCUACUAUCUACUUUCAAGUUUAAGCAGCGAGAGUAGUAGAGCAUUAUUUAAACGCCACUCGCCAUGCCACUACAUACAUGUAUUACGUACAUACAUUGUAUAUGAUCCACUACUCUUCCCGUAUCCAAACUUAUGAUAAAAGUUAAAUAUCACGUCAACGAGUUGGUGGAAAUAUUUCCUCGCCGUAUUUUAUUUGAACUCCAUUUAUGUAUAGACUAUUUAAAUCACAUAGAUUACCAUUUAAAAAUCUAAAGUACGUAGUAAUUUCACCCUCAAAAAUAACAUUAACGUAACAUUGUAUAGCUGCUUGUUUCAGUAAAAACAAUUUUGAAUGAUUUCAAUACUCUUUGAAAUAUCUAGUGGUGUAGCCACUCAAAUUGAUCAACCUGAAUAAUGUUGAAUGGCAAAAACUAGUAAGUACCGAAAAUUGGCACGAAAGAUAAAACAUGCGCGUAAAAAGAAUAAUGGGUUAUAAUAAAUGAUGGUUAUUAAUAAUAACCUAUCAUUGUGACACGCAAAAUAAAUAAAUAAAGCUCGACCAUUAAUAAAAAAGUGACGUUUGUGAAUGUUAUCCUCCCUCCUCCCAUCACGGCCGAAUCUUUCCUGACAAAUUUUAAAUUAUAGCUCUUUAACAGUCAGUAAAUGUAAGUUCAUUCUCGGAAUUUGUAAGUUAGUGCUAACUUAAUAUCAAACGAAUUAAAUUUUGGGUGGCAGACCAUUAUGUGUAAUAUAAACACUAAAUAGCAAACAGAAAGACAAAAACAUAUAUUCAUAUAAAUAGAAACUUAAAUAGACGGUUCGAAUAAUACUGUUAGAUAACUGAGUUUCGAAGUAAGAAUGUAAGAUAAAAGAAGUGAAAAUAUUUGUGAACAAAUACUGGGUUUUUCUCUAUAAAAAAAUAGAGAAGGGAUCGCCGUUAUUAGUAAACGGUUAUUUUUCUACAUAUGAACAAGAACAAAAAAAAAUCCUACGUAACGAUAUGGACCUUUGAAAAUAUUAUUAUUAUAUAUCAUUAUUAUUUAUUACUUUUUCAUGUAAUACAAAUUUAGUAGAUAUUUCGGCCAAAUUAAAGUCUUUUAAUAAUAUAAUAAUUUCUUGCGCACUUAAUUUUGAAAUAAUACAAACUUAAUACAAUACUUAAAAAAUAAUUUCUUUAGUGGAGCCAAUUUACAAACUCCGGGAACGAAGUUACAUUUAUUAAAAAUCCAUAGCUUACAACCUAACUCGCCCAAUAACUUAGGACUAACUAACAAAUUCCGGGAAUGAACUUACAUUUACUAACAAUUAAAGGUUUAUAACAUACAAUUUGUCUGGAAUAAUUCGGCCGUGAUGGUGGGCUAACUUCACAGACGUAGAAAUAAGGUAAACAUUUCCAAUAAACGAAACGAGCAUCACUAUUAUACCAAAAGAAUUUCGAUAAUAUUAUUAUAACAUUCGUGUUAAUUUUCUAACAAAACAUAAUGAGUGAACGCGACAUAACGCUAAAAUCGAUGUAUCCAGAAUACCAAAAUAAAAUUACCAAAAAAAUGAUCACUUCCAAUACAUCGUAUCUUCGUGGGACACCUGUAUAUAUAGAUAACACAUUUUGACAUUGUAUAAACUUUUCUUGCGAUUUAAGGUAUCUAUCUAGUACCUAUUUAUUCUAAAAUCUGACCAGAAAUAAAAUUAAUAAUUGUGAAGAGUUAAUUUUGAGAGUUUCUUUGAAAAACAAUUUACCUGUGUCCCUGCAAGACUGCGCUCAACAUAAUUAUGUAGUAUAUAGGUAUCAAUAUGAAGUAAUAUUGAUUUAAAACUUUAAAAUAUCUAGUAUUUUAAAACAUUUUUCAAUCAACUUAAUCAACUUACUACUUCAUACGUAAUAAUAUUUUAUUUUAUUUCCAUUGGUAGAGUUGAGAUAACUUUAUGGGUUCGCUUCUUAAUAAUUUUAUUAUAAUCAUCAAAUAAUUUUCCAUUUUCCAUCAUCUAACUAGACAAUUUUGUAAUGUCGAUAUUAGAAAACUAUUUGAAUGAUGAUAACCAAUAUUAUAUAGAAUACCUCAAUAGCAACUAUACAGUAAUAUCAUCUUUACUGAACAUUUAUUUUACCAAAGUGCGUAAUGUGUAGAUUUUCAUUUUUAUUUUAAAAAUAUAUUACACUGGAUAAUAAUAUUAUUCAAUCCUAAUAAUGUAAAAGACAACUUGAUGUCACGAUCAAUUUAUUUAAAACAAUUAAAUUAGUUUUUAAUUUUUACGAAAAUAAACUUUAGGUAGGUAGUCAUUUAUUUUCGUAUUCGAAAAAAAUAUGCAUAAUUUAUUAUCAUGUCAACAUUUCAGAACCAUAAUUAUUAUAAUUUAUAAUAAUAUAAUAUCGUUUUAGAGAUAAUUCGGUUUUUGCCAGUUUAUAGAAAUAUUUUUCAGUGGGUAUAUUAUACAAUAUUGACUAAUUCAAAACACUAACAAUAACAUACCUAGAUACCUACUAACAAUUAGUUGAUUAAAAAUUGAUUCAAUAACAGUUAAAGACAAUUUAUAAAGAAUUUAACAUUUAAGCAAGUAAUUUCUCCGAAGUCCCACCCAUAAUGCAACUCAUGGUGCAAACUACCUAUGGUCCGUCGAUUUUUUUAAAAUUAAAACUCCGUAGGAAAAAACAGGAAAUAGAAUUAAUACACAUAACUUUCGAAAUUACAUUACAUUAAAUAGGAUCUAAGUCAUACAUUCUAAGGAAUAAGUAAAAUGGAGGGUCCAGAAGAGAUACUAUAAGCAAGUGCCACCUCCGUUACAAAAAAAAAAAAUGUACUUUAUUUACUAUAGUUGUAUAUAUAUCAUGUAUAUUAUAUUACCAAUGUUUUAUUUCGAGACAAAAUUUAAAUACAACAAAAAAUUGAAUAUGACAAAAAUCUAUAAAAAAAAAUUUUAAAAAAUAAUAAAUCUUUCGAACAAAAAAGUAAACAAUUACAGUCUAACCCCCAGAGUGUCUUGACUGUAAAUAAAUGUUGUAUCCGUCUUUGGAUAAGUACUGUUAAGUCCUGGGUUUAGUUUGUUUGUUUAUUUAUUUUUGUCUUUAAUUGAUAGGUAAUAGACAUACAUUCCUACCUAUGGCUAGUGGCGGUUAUAUCCCAGUUUUAGGGAGGGGGCGAAUUUCAAGUCCACAGUUUCAUAACUAAACCUUUCCUAUUAUCCUUGUUGAAAGUGUAUCACUCUAAUCAGUACAAAAAAUAUUCAAAUGUCGAUGGUUUCAGUUGAAAGAAUUAUCCAUAACCUCCUAGCCCCCUCCCCCAUUAGAAAUUACUGAGCACGCUCAUGUGCAAAUCCUCCCAAAUUUCAACGAUUUGCGCAUAGGCAAAUUUAAUAUUCAAUGCAUUUAUUUAAAUAUCAAAAUAUACCGAUAUAACUUUAUCUAUAACGACAAAUGGGUAAGUACUAGACAGUAGUAAUACAUUUAGUAGUAGAUAAAUAAGACGUGACGAAAUCCACCAAUCGCUCUCCUCCCACGGAUAUUCGCCGCUGCCUAGAACCGAGACCAAACCUAUUCCGGCUACAGCUACUGACAGCCGCACACUUAGAUCCUGUUUACAGCGUGUUUGUGUGUCACAGGGAGACCGGAUCCGCCGAGAAACUGUCUACCGGUGAACGUGACGAGCACUCGGUUUACGGUCGUCUGUGAUCCCGGCUACGGAGGCGGACUGCCGCAACACUUUGAGUGCACCGUGGCUACGAGCGACCGGCCUGACGUGACCGAGGCCACCUACGACGGCCGUACCGGGCGCACGUAUAUUCAGGUGACCGGACUGCGGCCGUCCACGCGGUACGUGGCCAGCGUGUACGCGGCCAACGCGAAGGGAUCGAGCGCCAAUCACGUGAGCGUCUACGUGGAGACGGCUCCCAAUCCCAAGGAUCCGCGGGUGGCUGGUUCGUACAUUCACAUAAUGACAUAAUGAUAAUUACUGUACUAGGUAUUUUUGUACGAUAACUAUAUUAUUAUCGAAUUAAUGAGUAUUAUACAAUUAUAUAAUAUAUUAUUAUUGCUAUAAAGUUGUGAUUUUUGAAUUUGAAGCGCUGAGUGACCUUGGGGAAAUUUAGCUUACAAAGGACUUGAAAUUAAAAAAAAAAAGAAAACAAACACCGAAAUUCAAAAAUGUAUUUUAUAAGUGUUUAAAAAAUGGUUGUUAUUUCACUUGCUUGAAAAAUUUUAAAACAUAGUUCAAAACGGAGCUAUUGAAUUGGCUUCUAAAUUCAGGUAAUCGACGUUUUUACACAUUGAAUUGGCUCCCAAGAUGUAUGUAUUGAAUCGGCUCCCUCCUCAACAUUUAUUUUAUAAAUCCAUUGGUUAUAAAAAUUGUUCGAAAUAAUAAUUUAAUUAUAUAUUAAAAUAAUUUAAAAUACAAAUAUUACAUUUUAUAGAACAUCAAAAUUGUUAAAAUUUAGUAAAUUUGAAUCUUUUUUAAUGCACUUUGAAGAGGUUUAUGAUAGACAAAUUUAAAAUUAUUUACUAUUAAAAUUAAUUCUUCCUAUUCACUACUCAUUUUUUCAACCGGAUUAAUUGUAUACAUAUCUAUAGAGGUACGAAUUGCGACAAAUUAUGACGAACUACGACGAAUCGCGAUGAACUAGCAGUACUACGUUUAAAGAUAUCAGUGAAAUUAGUAGUUAAAUUAUUUGACUACGAUAGUUUAAUGCAUUAUUGGAUUAAAGAUUAAAUAAUUUUCGGCAGUUAUUUGGCACUGUGAUACUAAAAAUAUUAAAGUCUCGUACUUUUUCCACUUUUAUAUUUAUAGAACCACUUUAUAUUUAGCGAACCAUUUGGUCGAAAUCAUUUUGGGAGCCAACUCAACGGUCACCAUUUUAAAGCGGGAAAGUUUGUAAUAAAGUAAUUAUCUACUAGGUUAUGCCUAAGAGGUGGAAUAUGUGCCCACUCACUGAGUGCUACGACCACAGAACUAAGGUGGCUUAACAUUUUUAAAGUUUUGUAGUGUAAUAUUUUUACAAUAAACAAAUGAAUGAACAUAUAGAUUUAUAGCUUCUUGUUUUUUCGCUCAUCAGUAAAUUUUUCCGGCACCGAAUGCCUACCUAAAUAAAUAUUUUAACCUGGAAAUUGAAAAUAUCAACAAAAAAAGCAUAAUGUAAUAAAUAUUUCAAAACUGAGUUUUUUGUUAGUUGUUAUUUUUUACAUUGAAUAAUCUAUACAAUAAGCUAAAACAAAAAUGAAUUGUCUUCAAAUUCAGAAUCCCGACAGUCUGACACAGAUAUCUGGACAGUUGUAGUUACUAUUAUUAUUAAUAUUACCUAAGUAUUGUAUGAUAUAUCAUCAUCAAAGCAAUUAUAAUAUUAUUAACUAUUACAUAUUGUGGUAUUUACCUAACGUUUCUCUAUCGAUCGACAAAUUAUGAAAUUAUUGCAUGAUUGGAUAGUAUACAGGAUGAUUCAAUCUGACAUCAAAUCUGAGCAGUAACUAAUUACAAAGUUACAAAAAUUUUCUUGUAAUUUGUAAAUUAUUGAAUUUGUAUUUUUUGUGCAUGUACGAGAGUAAGUUAACGGGUUACUUUUUAUUUGAAAAAAAGUUACUAUUAGUUUUCAUCAUUUUGUCACCAGUAUCUUGCAACUCAACCUCUAUUUUUCUUGAGGAUAUCGACAUGUACCUAUCAUAAUGGACAAAAAAUUACAAUGUGAUAACAUUUUUAUAACGUUCCGCUUCUAACAUCAAUUCAAGGAUACUUUAAAUAAAGUAUAACAAAAUUAAAAAUAUGUUUUAUGUAUAUAAUAUUAUACCUACCUAUUGUAUAGACCUAAACCCUCCCCCCGCCAUUGAAUGGUUACGCCAUUGUAUAAGUUAUAACAGCUUAAAGUUUGAACCGGAAGAGUAUUAUCAAUUUAUCAUGUAAAAAUGGAUAUGAGGUAAAUUACUCAUCCCUACUCCUCCGAUAAAAAAUCUCGAACGAUUCCAUAAUAACGAUUGAGAAAACAUAAAUCAAAUUCACUUAAAGUCCUCCGAGAAAAUCAAUGGUUCGUGAUAAAAGAAUCACUCUGUAUAGUUAAACCGACGCGUGGCAUAAUGUUGAAUACCCAUUGCGCGCGGGUAACACAAAUUAAUUAGUCUCCUUUGAGAAUAAUAAUAAUAUAAUACCUGUAAACGUCAUACUCGUAUAUUUUUUACUCCACUCCCAAUCUAAAAUUACAAACCGUCGAUAAUUAUUCGAUAAUAAUAAUAAUACAUAAUGCUUCUGUUCGACUACUGUAAAGCUAUUUUCAACUAUUAUUUAAUACCUACAAAACGAUCACAAAUGAAUGUAAUAUUGAUUUACCAGAAAUUUUCCACGCAAACAUUUAAAAUACCGUUUCCUAAAACUUUUAUACUUAAUUCAGGCAGGUGCAUUAACUGUAGAAAUGGGACAGGUUCACGUUUUCUAAUUUUUUAGGAGAGAUUAAAUAACUAGAUAAUAUCUUGUGGUUUUUCAAAUAUAUAAAACUCAACUUGAUUAGAACAAAACAAAUAUAAUUAGUUUUUUUUUUUUUAUAAACAAAAUUCUAAGGAGAUGUCUACUUUCUGUUGUGAACUGUAACCGCUGAACGCUAUUUUUAAAUGUUUAGGCGGUUUUAUAUGUUUUCUUUCUGUGGUAUACGAUGUGAUUAUAUUUGGUUAUUUCAGUAAAAAAUAAUGAUAAAAUCAAAAUUUUAAAAUAGAUUCUUUUAUUUUGGUAAACGAUUUCUAACAAUACUAUAAAUCACAUUAGCAAAUCAAUAAACUUUUAAGAACUAUUUAGUAUGAUUUUCGCACAAUAUUUUUAAAAAAUGCAUUCUAGAAACAGUUUUCUUUGUAUAUUCUUCGAGUGCUUUAAAUUUCAAUAAUUCAAAAAAUAUGUUUUUAAAAUUCUAUAAGUAAUGAAGAUAAAUAUUAUGUACAUUGCAGACUGUAGUUUAUAUACUUCAAUAUCAAACCCUGAAUUCCAACAUCCACCGACAGCACUGGUUAUAGAUUUAUCAUUAUUAUUACUAGGAGUUCUCAAGCAAUAAUAUAGAUAAAAAUAGAUUGUGUCGAAACCUUUUUCAUUUUGGCAAAAACGAUAGUUGGCAGAAUCGAAAAUCAAGUUUUUCGGCGAAAACGAUGGACGCCCGUUUCAAUAAUAAAACAACUCUUAGCAAAAAACAAAUACCGCAAAUUGUUGUGCAAUAAAAAAAAAAAAAACCCUAGUAACCCAUCACUUAUACUAUGUUUACGAAUGUUUGGUAUGCCUGCCAACAAUGUGAAAUAAAUAUUCUCGUUGACAGUGUACCACGUUUAUUUUCAAUUGAACGCGCACUGAUAAAUUAUUUUUAGGUGUUAUAACACACACGCGGCACUUAUCUAAUAAUACAACCUAUUCGAGUCACGUAAAUUUGCCAUAUCUAUUUUUCCGUUACCCAUCUACAUAUACUUUAAUACACAAUAUAUUUAUUUGUAUUUCAUGUAAACUUUGCUCUUCGAUUGUGGAUUUUUAAGUCAAAAUAAAUAUAAAUAUAUGAUUAUAAGUUUUACUUAUAACUACCUAAUAGUUAUUUUAAUAUUUCCAAAUCAUCAAAUCUAAUAAUAUUUAAGGGCAUAACUUUAUUUUGUUCACUUACAACUAUUCUCGACUAACUAUUUUGGAACAGAAAUAUCACAUAUUAAAUUUUAACAAAUUAUUCAUUUUUAUAUUUUGCCACGCGACUAGGAUUUUUACUAAUACCUAUAUUUCGUAAAAUUUCCGUUUUUCCAACAUUUUUUCCCAGUUAUUAUGAAAACCGAUUGAAAAAUCACAAUAAUAACCUCCCUAAACCAAGGAGAUAAAAUUUCCUUUCAGAAAAUAAGCUACACUUAAUACAUAGGAGCAAGAUUUCUGGUAGAAAAGUUUACUCAAAAAUUCGAGGGUUAUUUUUCGAUUAAAAUCGUCCGAUUAAGCGAUAGCUAGGUCUCAAAGUACACUUAAAAUGCAUUUGGUUUUUCCCUAGUUAGGAAAAAAAUAAAUAGCCCAAAAAUGGCUUAAAUUUUUUAAAAAUUUCACCACGUCUAGAAAAAGCAAAUAUAAAGUUUCUAUCCAAAUUUCAAGUCUCUACGAAUAUUUUUAACUGAAUUACAACAAAUAACAAAAUUAAUAAAAUAAUAAAAGUAUUAAUUUUGUACAUUUCCCAUUUUUCUUACGCUUUAUCCUGGUUUUUACCAGAUAUUAUGAAAACCGCUUGGAAAAUCAAAAAAUGACCUCCUAAAAGUACAAUUUGGACAACAUUCCCUUUUAAAAAUGGUGUCACGCGUAUAUAUCUGAGCAAGAUUUAUAUUCGAGUUUUCGUACUAAAAUAAUAAAAAAUAAAAAAAAUCUUAGUAAAACCAGUACAUUCUUCGCUACACUCAGAAUCUAAAAUACGUUCAUAUGUUGAAAAGUUUUGAAGAUACACAAAAAAUAUUCGGAGUAGGUUUCAUUAAAAAAAACUCAAAUUGUCCAUUACUUAAAAAUUAAAAAUAUUAAACCCCCACUCCCUUUAAAGGGGAUUUUUCCAUCAUUUUUGGUGUACUUUCAUAUGACGCCGGCUUACCCUCCGGUACACAUUGUAUAUAUUAUCAAACAAUAAAUAUGUCAAAACCUAAAUGACGAGGGUUAAACAGAUAAUUCCUAAUGCAAAACCAACGUGGUAUUUUCGAAAUCACUAGAUUUCCUGUUUAAUAAUCUGUUAAAGCAAUAAAAUCGACAACAUCGCUCAGUAAAAAUUUUUUGUUAUAAAGAAAAUUUAUAAUAUUAUAGUUUAUAUAAAAAUGAUCGAAUAUAAACACACUUUUAGAUCAUUUUUUUGGUGCAUUAUUUAGAAUUUGUAGAACAUAAAAUAAUUAUUUGAGGGCAUUACAUUUCCAGCUCUAAUAAUAAUUAAGUAAUAACUGUUAUUUGUCGUGCUCGAUAUGUAAUAUUAUUAUUACACCUAUAAUAAUAUUAAUUAUUGAAUUAAAUUGAAUAAUUAAAUUUAUAUUUUUCACUCAUAUAGGAGAUUCGACGAGUACAGCUUCGCGGUUUUCUGACGCAGCAUACAUAGGAAUUUUUGUACUCGGGUGUUGUGUCGUGUUAUUUUGCGCGCUGGCCGUGGUGUACGCCAAACGGCUGGUGGCCAGCGUCCGUGGACGAUCAGUAAUCCGGGAACAGCAAGCUGUCAGGAACCAAAACGGCGAAGAAAUUCGAUUUGCAGAGUCAAAGGGCGUUGAGGAACAUCCAGUUGUUACAAGUCAGUAAAAAUCUUAAUCGAUAGAAGCAAAAAACAGCGCGUGCGUCGUAGACGUGAAAUAUUCAAUUUAUAACAAAAAAAAAAAAACCUAUCUCCGGAACCGUAAACACGAAUCAUCAUGUCAAUCCAAAAAGAUUUUUUUUCGUAUAGUUUUAAAUUUUAAACACACCUAGUUUUGUAAUUUAAUACCACUGUCGACCUUGGUCGUUCUUUGGUCGAUCGUUAUAAUCUAUGCUUAUAUUAUAUAAUAAACUAUAUACCUACAUAACUAAAACGGAAAUUUCAACGAUAUCGUUUUAAUACUAAAAUAAUGAACAAUGUAAUAUAAAUAGUAUAUAGAAUUUACCUAAGUUACUUACUCGAAUUUUCUCCAAUUCUGAAAAAUUCGAAAAUUACUUUUACCUUUUAAAGACCAACACAAUGUUAAGACUUUUUCACUUAGACCGAUACCCAUUUAAGGGAAAUUAUUUUUGAAAAAUAUCUGUCAUUUUUUAUUUAGUUAAUUCAGUUAAAAUGCAUAGUACGUUCUACAUGUUUUUCUAAAAAUAAACUCAUACUUAAGUGUCCCAAAAAAACCCUUUUUCUGUAAAACAAGUCAAAUUAUUUCUGAAAACAGAAAUAAUUGGACUACCUACUGGAAGUGUAUUUAUUUAUUUUACUCAAGCUUAUUCGUCUGCAUGUAUAGAAAAUUUCGAAUUAACUUCAAACGCCUUUAAUGAAAUUUUCCCUUUCACUUUCUCUUUUUACUCGUUCGCUAAACGCGAUUUCUGAUAUUACUCGUAUCUGUUUUAUCAAAUGUCCCGACUAGCCUCUUCUCGGGAGGGAAUAUUACAUUCGUUCAAUAGAACACGUUUUCGUUUCUGCUUAUAGUAAUAUAUUAUUAUAGCUUGAGCAAAAUAUAUUCACUAAAAUUGAACGAUCCCAAAUAGUUAGAACCGUUCAAAGUAAAUAACAACAAUAACAAUAUUAUACGAACGCAAAUCAAACGAACUUCGCCACAGUUAAGAUACAAUAAACGAUGUGUAAAGGUAAGGUUCUGUUUUACAAAUUUGUAUGAUGUUCUUAUUAUAAAACAUUAAAAUAAUAAUAAAUCAUCGUAUAGUCGGAAAACGACAUAAAGCGUCAAACGAACCUCAGUUUACUCACCUAACUAUACCUACCUACAUGCAGAUAAAAUUCAUAUUAUACGAGUAUACCGAUAGUUUUAUGACGUUUCUUAAAAUGUAAUGUUUAUUAAUGUUUGUACAUUUCUGUGUUUGAUUCAAAAACUCGUUUGCCUCGUAUUCAGGUAUAUUUGAAAUAUAAAUUUCAACCGAAAUAUUGAACAAAUAUCUACUACACUUAUAUUAAUACAAUAAAAAUUCUCAAACUAUAUAUAUUUAUAGAAAAUAUAAUUGUACGUAUAUAUCAUAUUUAAGUGUAUCCGAUGAUUUUUAUGGAUGAGAAUGAGAAAGUUACCUGGUGUUUAACUCCGUACAACAUAUAAGUUAUAAGCAAGCAAACUAUAAUAUUAUAAUCAGCUCUUAGAAAAAAAAAAAAAUCAAAUAGUUUAAUAAAAAAAUGUACCGUUUUCCGUUUUUAAUAUUUUAAAAACUUACCUACGACUCUACGAAUAUACAAAAAACAAAAAAUAAAAUUGAUCAUAUUUUUUAAAAAGCUUCCUUUAUUGUUCCCUAAACAAAAGUAAUAAGUCAUCGUGUUCAUUAAACUUGGGAGCAAUAAAGAUUAAAAUAAUUGUUCCAUUUCGAGAACUUCCAUUAUUUACGACUCCAGUGAAAAUAAAAUAUCAAUUAAAUAGUUUCAAAAUAGAAAUAUAUUAAUGGACUGUAAUUUGUAUGAUUAUGAUUUUUUUUAAUUUUUUUUGUGUUGUCGACAUUAAUCUCUACGACUUGAUAAUAAUAUUAAUGCGAUACAUUGCUGCUUACUACUGUGUGAAAUAUACAGAAGUGGACAAGUUCUUAGAUACAAUUCAAAUUUGUAUCGCAAUACACAGUUUUUUUCGAACAUCUUGUGUAGGUAAUAGUUUUUAAUGUAAUAAUAUAAUAUGUAUUAAUAAACUAAAUAUUAUAUUAUCCAAUAUCCAAAUGCCUACUUGUUUUUAAGUAUCUUGUUUCAAGGAUGUAUCCUUGGAGAUACAUUGUAUAGUUCGAGUUCGUUAGUUAAUUUCGAAUUAAAAGGUAUAAAUAUAAGUAGAUAACUAAUAAAUAAUAUGAUGAAAUCAACCCAUGGACACGGUAUAUAAUGACUAAACAUGUUGUAAAUGCGGCAAUCUAAUAAACAGCUCCCGAUAUAUGAAAAUCGAGGCGUUAUUGUGAUAUAAUCAAAUAACUCGCCGUAUGUGUUUGACUUUGUUCAAAACGGCCCUUCGGUAUGCAUAAAUAAACUAAAAACGAACGUCAACGGUUAAAAACAUAAUGUAACAUUUUAUCGAACUAUACCUAUAUAUUUAUACAUAACCAAACCUUAUAUACAUAUACGUAGAUACCUACAAAUAAGAUUUCCUCAUGCCAUGUCGCCAGUUGCCAAAUCGCGCAAACAUCACCUGCGAUCAGUUCAUACAGAAACAUUAGACACUACCUAUUUGCAAUGAUAAGGGAUUUGUUUCGAAUUAGAUUAAAGUCCAUAUUAUAAAUGAAACACGACCUUUAAAGUCCCAUUCGAAGUUAGUCGGUGGAAAUUAUAGGUGUGCUAUUUUCACUAUACUAGACGAUCAUUAUAUUAUUACAACAAAGUUCCGGUUACCUAUCGAACGAGGAAAAAAGUGUAGCCCGGCCGUAAUAUUGUGUACUUAGUAUUAUUGUCCACGCAUAAAUUAUUAUUAAUUGUAUACCGCCAAAAAUAUGAAAGUUACUAUAGUUAUAAAAAAAAAAAAAAAACCACUCGAUACGUAAGAAUAUUUAUUAAUAUUUUCAUCUGCAGACAUUUAAAUGAACCCUCUGUAUCGAGUUAUUAUAUUUACGUUAUUCUGUUUUUUUUUUUUCGAUUUAAUUCUAAAAUUAAAGUUUUAAUUAUUUCAAUAUCACAUAAUAUUGAUCUGCACGAAACCAAUGAACCGAUAUUCGAGUUAACCAAAAACAUUUGAAAUACAAGACAUUUUUAAAUGACUAAAUUUCAUUUUUAUACAGCUAUGUUUUUUUGUUACAUAAUUUCAUUAUAAAAGUUAAUAUUUAAAUAUUAAAUGUGCGCUUGUAAAUAAAUGAUUCUAUUUUAUCACGCUGUACCGUUAUAAUGCUUCUAAUUUAGCACAAUAAUGCAUAUGCAAAAUUAAUAUUCCCAUUUUAAAUGCCCAUCAAAUAAAAAAUUAAUACCAAAUAAUUGUGAUUAUCACUUGUGUAUCGUAUGUUUUACAGAAGAAGAUGAUGAAAUCCAGACGGAAUCGAGAAAACAAAAAAUGUCCGGAACUUUGCAAAAUGGCCAAUGUAACGAAAUUACUUCGGGUCCGAAAUAUUCUGUAUUAGCUGUACAAAAUAUUAACACUCCGCGUUCAUCACUGGUUCGUACAUUGAAUGUGCAUAAAAUAAAUCAAAAUGUGCUUUCAAAAAUAAUAUAAUUUACCUGAAUUCCGAAUAUUCAAUAUUGUUCAUACAUUUUAAUAUUUUACCUAUGACUCGGGAUUCAACAUAAAUGUGGGACCAAAAUCUUUGUGAUAUUUGAUUUGAACAAUACAAUAAUUGUAUUGCAUUGUAUUAUUUUCUCACAAUUAUUGUGAGAAAUAUCCCUGUAAGAAAUUCGUAAAUAUCUUAUCGACAUAAUUAGUUUUUACCUAUAAAAAUAUUAAAAUUCAAAAAUCGAAAAUCCGGAGACACGCGGCUAUACCUACUAUACGAAAUUCCGAGAAGUUAUACGAAUACUGCAGUUAAACAAAAUGCACAGAUUUUAAAUUUUACCUGGGAACUAACUCCUGACGGCCAAUUCUAUAUUGAAACAGAAUAAAACCGAACUCGAUGAUUUAUUAACCAACUUUAUUAUAUUUAGCAUAUAUCUACUACAACUGUGCACACCUAAAAUCGAUAAGAGGACGUUAUACCCGCAUCUACUGUCUCAGUCCAACUACCGGGUAACAUGCAAAAAUAAUGCUUACGCAGUUUAAUUUUGAUUUUAGAGUAAAAUUACUAAUUAUUAAAUUUAUAGAGAACAUUAUUUUGGAGGGAAUGUCAUGAGGAUUUUCGAAGCAUUCGAAAUAUACAGCUAGUUAUAAUAAAUACAAAAACCUUCUUUCUUUGUUUUAAAUAACUGUAACUUUUUUAAUAGUUCAUAAUUUAAAAAACACCUAUGAAAUUCCCUCCAAAAUAUUGUUCUCUAUAAAUUUCAUGAUAUGUACUUUUGCCCUAAAAUCAAAACUACACUAGUCUUACUUAAUCUACAUAAGCAUUGUUUUUGCAUGUUACCCGGUAGUUGGACUGAGGACAAUAGAUAACGUCAUUAGGUAUUAUGUAUAGUGUGGGUAUAACGUCCACUUAAGCAAAAUUUGUCGUGUUAAAAAAACACAUUUUGUUGACGGUUAAACCCAAGUUUGAAUAUAAUUUUUAAUAAUUAUGAUCAUGGUGGGAUUAAUUUUUAAUUUUUUUUUUUUUUUUGCAGUUGGAAAGUCACAUGAACGAUGCAAAUAAUGUCCGGUUCGGAACACGAACGCAGACCAGCAAUCAACAAAAGAUAUACGAAUCGUUCGUAGUAUAUCCAAAUCGCAAGUCUAUUCCGAUGCAGGAUAUGGUUUACACUCGAGUGGCUAAACCGUACACUGAAAUAGAGAGCAUUGUAUAGAUUAUCAUUAUUCGUUUUAUAGGUAAUUAUCUAUUUCAUUUAUAAAUAACACCACAGUGGCGUCAUUUCAAUAUUUGUUGGACUGGCGCAAACUUACCAAAUUUACACCUGAAUUAUAAAAGGAAUUGUUUAACAAAACAAAUUAAAUCUUAGCUUUAAUAUUGGACCGUUACUCUUCAUUUUAUAGGUGUAGAUACGAGUAUCUCAGAUUUUCAUAAUAUCCGAACAAAUAGACGCCCCACAUAUUUUCAAGGCAUUUCAAUUUUAUUUUUUAGUCAUCGUCGGAAAUUAGAAAGAUCGAAAAUGUUACCACUUGAUUACUUAUCGCUGUUAGAGUAUAAGAACAAAAGAUAUAUACAAAAUGUAUCGAUAUUUGACCAUUAUUUUCCCAGGCCCAAAAGCCAGAAGUUGCAACCGAAAUGUCGCUUAAUUAAGAGGCUUUUAAGUUAAAUUUGGACAAAUGUCCCAGUCACCCUCCUCCAAACGACGCCACUGAAC